UCCACGGCCGCUCGCACCCACGUGCACCGGUCACUGCCGCGUCUGAUGCUGCUGACGGGCCGAACAUCCCAACGGGACCAACAUUUCCCGGAUCGAGUUCGUUGAGAAAUGGGGGCUGACCCCUGUCCUCAAACCGAGACAGGACCCACGCCCCCGGGGUGCCAGCCUGGUAGACGGUGACGAUGCCGGAAAGUACGUCUAUAUUAUUAUGUAUAAUAUAAGCGACCGUAAUGUCGUCGUUGUAUUGUUGCCGAGCGUAUAUAAUGCGCUAUGUGCGUUGUAUGCGUACGUGCUACGAAGUGAUAAUAUUAUGCGUUGGCGUGUGUAUCGUAAGUCGAAUUUCGCGUUAUAUUUGUGCUCCUCCCCCACCCCCCGUAUGUAUUUACGCAUUACGAGCUUAAACAACCGCACCCGUCCGCGCGCCCUUCCGAGUUUCCGGCGCUCGGAUAUGUGUGUAUAGCAGUCGUCCCCCCGCGACCCCCCAUGUCCUCAGACACGGAAACUGCAUGCGCUCGGCGAUCGGCCGCGGGGUGUAAACGCCGCGGCCCGGAAACGUGUUUCGCCCUUCCCGCCGCCACUGCCGGGCGAACGAGCCGGGCUAAAUGGCCUCUGCGACGUGGUCCUUACGCGUCCCCCGAUUUCGCGGUCAAUUAAACGUCAUCAUCGCCGUAACAUUUUAUCCGGACACUUUUCUUCGGAGGAGCGGGGAAAAAAAAAAAAUAAACAAACAGUAAUAAAUCGCGUAAUGAAAUACGACGAACGCGUCUCGACGCGGGAAAAUCGAUUCUGCGCGCACGCAAACAACACCUACUCGAACAUGUCCGACCGACGCGUCCCGCGAACAAACGUUAUUAGGUUUCAACGCGGUUAAAGAAAUGUCGGGCCCGGUCGCGAACAGGACGAACGUCGGCGUCGGGUAGCGUGUGACGGGAGCGGUCGGCGAACGAACAACGCCCCGCGCAAACGGGUCACGGCGGGAAACUCGACGCCGUUUGACGGACGGUUUUUCGUUUUUUUUUUUUUUCUGAAGGGAAUAUCGGUCGGUAGAUUCCGUAUGAUAAUAAGGAUAAAAACAAUUUUUUUUCUAAAAAAAAAAGAAUUCGGAAUCCAUAUAGGACGAUUCGUUCACGCGCUGGCGCGGACGUACGGGUUACGAUGAUUCGUGUUUUUUUUUUAUUAUUUUUCAGCGGUUUUGAACGUCGCGCUUAACCUCACCCCCCGAACCGGGGCCGGAAAAUAACGAGACCCCUCCCCCCCGCGCGAAAUCGACCGCACGUGGCCUCGACAAACCGUUUUUAGCUUUUUCGCCUUUGAGUACGUACGACCGAGUAUGUGUAAACCGUUACAAAACGAUUUUUCUUCUUCGCGUUCGACUCAUAAUAUUUUUGCCGAAACGUAACUGCGUGAAAUGGCGAGUGCCCUAGAAUCGCAACGCCCUGUCCCAUCGCGGUGACUUUUCGCUUUUCGCUCGGCGUUUAUUGUUUUUCAGCGGAAGACGGCCGAUGCGGUAGACGCACACGAAAAACGAUCGUGAACGCCGAAAAGCCGAAAGUCUCGUAAAUCGUUCGGCCAACGCACGUUUUUAUAAACACGUAAAAUAAUAAUAGUAAUAAUAAUAAUGGUAGUAUACGGUAGCGGCGCGUAGACGUUAAAAGAAGUCGGUAGAACUUUUUUUUUUUUUUUUUACUCCGACGAGAGUAAAUUCGAUUACGAUCGAACUUUCUUAUUAAUUUGUUUCGUCUUUGUGCCGCAGAGUUAUUGUCUUGAUGCACCCGACUUCCUCUCUCCCCUGACCUUUCUCCAUCCCGUCCGAAUACGGAUAAUAUACAGUACCGAUUUUGUUUUUAGAGGAAAAACCGAGCGAACAAAUAUCAUAAAAUACGCGUGUUCCGUUCCGAUAUAUUUUUUCACAAUCUAUACUAAAUAAUAUUGUCGUAGACAUAUUUUUUUCGUUUACUGUUUUUUUUUUUUUUUUUUUUUUUUUUUAUCUAAAUAAUUUACCAAAGUUUUAAACGCGAAACUUUGUUUUUUAUUGCACGUUCCAUAACAGUAUUUCAUCGUACGUUUUUCAUAUACUUACUAACUUAACUAUAUAUAUAUGUAUCGAAACACUGAACCAAUACAAUUUAUUAUUUUAUACACCCGUGUAUUUAUAAAGUUUCAUCCGGAAGAAUACAGUUACGGCAGGUAAACAAUUUUACUACCCUGUACUCAACUCGUAGUUUCGAAUAAAUAUUAUGCGUUUAAAUGCAGUAAAUUACCGAUUCGAGGAUAUUAUUCCGCGUCUUGUACUUUUCGAAAAGCGGUUCAUAUAUUAUAUUUAAAAGAAAAGAAAUGUAUAAAACUUAAAAAGAACAUUUUUGUGGAGUACAAAAAAUAGUCAACGAAAAUACUACUAUGCGGCUUUGGAGUUGUAGAAAAACAUAAAAUCUAUAAAGCCUUUUUGUGAAUGGAAUAUUUCAUAUAGUAAUAUAUAUGUAUAUAGUUGAAAAAAUGUGAUAGAAUAAAAUUAUUUAACAAUUCAGUCACAGCGGGGAAUUUCUUCUUUGAAAAUACAAUUCCUGAAAUUCAACAACAUUGUACUUCUGUUCAGUAUUUAUGGUAACUAGGGUAACCAUGGUAACUAGAUAUUAACCAGUUACAAAGGCAAAAAUUAAAUUCAUUUUUACUUCUAACUAACCUUAUAAUAUCGUUUAACUGUUUACGUUAAAUUUUAAAUAACGAAUAAAUUUUAAAUUAUUUCAUCACGUUGGGUUAAUGAUAGUUGUCUUUAAUUUUAACGCAAUAUUAAAUUCAGAAUCAAUACGCAUUGCUCACCAUUUGAAAAGGUACUAUACCGCAUACAUAUUUCUGGCUACAAUACGAUUGAGCGAAAUUCGUAAUAAAAUUAUUUAUACAUGGCAACGUUGCAUUUAAAAUCUUGCGCAAUCGUGUAUGUAUUUCGAUGACUAUUAAAAUAUACACGAUUGCGCAAAUUUCGCUUGAUCGUUCUUCACCAAUAUUUCUUAUUCGUUUUCACUCAACUUUGUGUGUAUGCAUUCACGUGGUAGAUUUACAAACGGGAGGAGUCAGAGGGAUGCAGAUGAUCCGGACUCUCCGAGAGAGUAUAAAUAAAUAUAAUUUGAUAAUUCCAGAAUAAUCAACUCUGAAAUGUAAUGCGUUCAACAUUGAUCAUACUUAUUUACGAAAUAUGACAAACUCUAGGUUUAAAAAUUUUCACAGAGUGCUGCGCAAUAAUACAAACUUUAUCAAAAAAAAAAAAAAAAGAAAAAGAAAAAUGACUGAUACUGCUAAUAGAGAGUCCACUGUUUUAAGGAAAAAGUUGGAAGGAAGAAAACCGAGUUAUUUAUGUUAUAUUCGUACGUAGCGAUGAACUAUUGCUAAAAUAAAAACGAUUCUUAGUCGUAAUUUUUCCUUUGUUCUCAAACACACGGACACGGUCGCCCACCAAAAACAACAGCAUACACUGCCGACGGUUACACGGAAUAUGAAUUUAAAUUCGUUUUUUAUUCGAUGUUCAACGUGGACUUUGAGAAUUUUUUUUGUUCGCCGCUCCGAUAUUUCACGCCCCAAAAGACGCAUACGGGAACACACGGUGACGGUGCAGUAUUCGCCCGACCGCGCGGCGUUAAACGGAUUCGCGGAUGCGAAUGAACGAAAAACAACACCCGAGAAAAAAACCGCGCGCGUCCGCGGUCGCGGACCGAUCAAUGGCCCGUCGAACGGCGUACCCGUUUAUUCCGCGGCGGACGCGCGUUUAUUAGUUUGUCGCGCGGUUUUCGCGUCGGUCGGCCCGCCGGAAAUAAAUCUGGAAAAUCGGAAAGCGGUUUCGCGGGCGUUCGGCGAACGUUUCGCCCCGAGCGUCCCGGCGUUGUUAUUCCGACCGUGCACAGCAACGGCAUUUAUAGCAGCGUGGGCGGGGGCGGGGGGGGGGAGGGGAGGGACCCCCGGUAAAAAUCCUUCGGAUCCCGUGCGAUAUAAAUUCCGUUGUUCCGUCGGGGCGAACUGCUGCUGCUGCUGCAAGCUGCGCGGGCGGCACGAACGUCGCGCGUAUAUUAUUGUAACGGCGCGACAACAAUAAUUUAUUAAAUCGGUCCGACCGGCUUGGCGUUUUUGUUGUAUUUUUUUUUUUUUUUUUUUUUUUUUUUUUUUAUUAUUUUCUCCGUCGUCGUCGUCGUUGGUGAUUUUUUGGCACUCUCGGCGCGCGCAAACCAAUACAAUAAUAAUAAUAACACGCAUAUUGUCUUAUAGGAGCAUAUAUUCCGUCGGGCCAAAAUUCUAGAACGCGUUGGCCGCUUAAUAAUUCGGAAAGUUUCGUAUUUCAAAAAAAAAAAAAAAAAAAAAAAAAAAUGAAACAUUCGUACAUCGCAUACGUCGCGUAUAUUUUCUGUCUCUCGUUUUUCCCGCGCGUCACGCGCUAAAACGUUUUUUUUUUAUUUUGUUCUUCGGGAUUUCGGUUCGCAUUACGUAUAAUACAGUGUCCGCGUGAAUGUCUUUAACGAGACGUUUCGACGGCAAAAGCGGGACGUUUUUUUUUUUUCUUAUUUUAUUUGGCUCGUGAAGGGAGGCGAAGGGGGCCGGGGGGUCACGAAAAAUAUCCGACCGUGUCGUGUCGCGCGAAUCGAUUUUAAAGUUUACAAUAUUUCAAUAUAAAUUAAAAGAUAUUUUACGUUUCGGAGAGUACCCGAAUCCCUCUAACACCGCUCCGCGCGGUCGCCACUGCAGGAGGUCGGUACGGAGUUCAAAGCGCCGCUAAGCGUCGACUGCGCCCCGAACUGCGAAACGGGAAAAACGUCCUCCCGUUCUAGGUGAAAGCAUACUCACCGUACACUCAGUGGCGUGUGCAAGGGGGGGGAGGUCAGGGACUAUAUCCCCCCGUCGGCUUGAAAAUAUCAACAAAAUAUGAGAAAUCUGUUGUCGAAAUUCAUAUAUUUCAGGAAAAACUUGACAUAUUGAUUAGAGAUUGGCGUUUUUCAGUAUCUGAUUUUUAAAUUACCGAUUCCCAAUGUCGAUUUGGGUAGGGAAGAUUAAUUUACGAUUUAAACAUGGUUCUUAUGUGCUACAUCCCCUCCCAUUGAUAAUUCCUGGGCACCUGUUAUGAUAUUAUCCCGAAUUUGUCCGAGUUUGCGUCCCGUUUUAAAAAACGCGUAUUUAACGUCCGAAAAAUCGCGGGUUUUUUUUCCUCUCUCUUCCCUCCCCGGGAAAAGAAUUAGUUCCUGCACUACAUUAAGUCCGCGUCUACCACUCGGUUUUCCCGCGAGGGUCGAAAAUCGUUUUCGACGGACUCGUCACGACGAUAUUGCGUCGUCACGACAGUUAACAUAUCGUAUAUUAUAAAACGAUAGUGACGGGAAUGGGAAUUCCACAGGAGUUCACAGAGUCUGUCCGCGGGCGGUCCGUUUUUUAUACGGUUCUGCGAGCGCGGUUCGCGGUUUGUUUCGGCAACGCUGUAAAACGGAGAAUCGCAGUUUUCAGAAAAUUGAUAAGAUGCCAGUCACAAUAUUUCGAUGUGGCCAAUCCACACGAAAAAUGAUUUGAAUCGUUUGUUCAUAACUGCCAACCGAUCUCUCUCGAUGUAUCACGGUACCAUCAUAUUUUAAUAUGCCGUAUAGUUUUCCAUAACCGUAUUUUCGCGAUAACCGAUUAACACCUAAUUCCGAUAUGGCUACACAUCGAUAAGUUAUAAUGUUAUACCAAUCAAAGGUACUUUCACGUAUGAUAUUUCACUCUUCGCUUUUUCUUGUUACCUACCCGACGUGGUUUCGCACAAAAAGUCGAGGGGUAUUUUCGAUUAAAUUUGCCCCGGUGGGCGCAGCGAGCUAAUGACCACCGCCUCGGUUCUCUGGAUCCGCCUAUAAUUACGGUUUUUCAAUUUUCCCUGCUGAUUACACGGCGCGGUUUCGCACAUGACCGGUUAUCGCGAAUACACAAUUUGAAAACAAUAAUUUUUUCUGCGUUGUCGGUGCAACUGUACGUUUUCAAUUCUAUUUUGUUUUUCUUAACGGUCGCGUUCGUGCGGACCGACCCGGCUACGAUUCCCCGUAUUUUUUUCUGAAAACCGUACACUACCCGCCUUAAAACAAACGCGGAGCAGCGACGAUUUUUAUUUUCCGAAAAAUAUUGCGGCGCGCGCGCCGUAUCUCGAAUAUUCGCGCGACGGUAUAACAACAUUACAGCCAAAGUCUUUCGGCGCGGCGCGCGGACGCCGAACAACGGAAACACCGGAAUGCGUACCUGCACCCUCCGGUUCGAUGGACUGUUUUCAACAGAACACUCUGCGUUUUGUUUAGUUUUUUUUUUCUGAAAAACACGAUACGAAUCGGUAAAAUAUCGAGCGAAUAGUGCGCGGAAAACGUGAUCGAAUCGAAUGUUAUAACAUAACGCGUAUAUACACGGAAUACGUUUUCGCCGGAAGUUGCAGUUUAAAGGAACGCGAAUAAUUCUAAUGGAAAACGCGUUAAUUGGAAAAUAAUAAUAGUUUUUCGAAUGCGCGUUCGUCGGAAUAAUAAUACAAUAUGCAUUGUGACGGACGAUUAAUAAAGUCCCUUGAAAAAAUCUACGUACAUUUUGUAGGGAUGACAAAGUCGGAAAUGAUUUUGUUCAGUAUCGUCUACUCGUAUAUUCGUCGGGCUAUGUGCGGGGGAGGCGGGGAGGGUGGAUAAAUAAUAAUGUUCUUCCCGGCUCUUCGUAACGACUCCCUAGCGCUUAUGGGCGUCCGAAAAGUAUACACGUCCCGUUAAAAAUAAUUCGCCUAAUGUAAUUGCUGAUAAUUGCGUGGUGCCGAAAUUCAUUACUCCCGCGCGCGCGCGCGCGUAAACCCAGAAAAUUAUGCUCUUCGUCAGUAAAACGGCGGCAGUAUCUAUAUUACCGAAAAUGUGUGUUUCCCGCACGAUUUAUAUUCCGAAGCACAAUUACGUUCAGAAUGCGUUUCUAACUUUAUCAUACCUGAACAAUCGUCAUCGCUAGAUACCCGCCCGCAUUCGCUGCGAACCCGUAGCCAGAACGUUAGGGUGAUUUUUUUUUUAAAUAUAUUUUAUAAUUAUAUAAAUUAUAAUCUACUCCUGUAAGCUACAGCUUGUGGUUGAGUAGAGAGUUGCGUACAGACAUAAUGAUGAACUUGAUUUUAUAUAAAGCAAUAAUUAAAUAGAUAAAGUUUUUAUAUUAAGAAGCAAUUGUUUAAAAAAAAAAAAAAAAUAAAAAUUCUACCAUGACCGUCGUAUAGAAUAUCUUAUUGGUGAACGAUAACAAAAACCGAAAAGAACGCCCCGUACAAUAUGAUUAGGUUGAUUUUGUUUUUUUUCUAUUUCACGGUAUACAAUCGAUAUAAAAUCAGUAACGUUUCGCAAAAAAAUACCGUGUAAUUAACGAUAAUUAUCGAGCGUUUUGCUAAACUAAAAUUAAUAAUACAAAGUGGACCCAACUCCACCGUAUAUACUUAUACAUUUUUAAAAUGUCCGUUUUGUUUUUUUUUUUUUUACAAUAUCGAUGCCGCGUGAAUGAAUUAUAGUAAAAAAAAAAAAAAUAAAUAAUAAUAUACCGACAGAAAUCGACAACGCCAGUACGCGCAGAUCGUAACUAUCCUGUGGGGUUAAUAUUACACGUUUUUAGUGUUUAUCGACGAUAGAAUAUAUUGUUUGACGAAAAAAAAAAAUGUUUGUAUAUUUCAUAUUAUUUUGUAAAUAUCAUUGUGGUUUCUUCCGUUAAAAAUUCGGAAACCGUAGCGAAACAAGUACGCGUCGUAAUAUCGUAUUGGGUUCAUUUGAAACGAGGAUCCUCCGACGCAGACAAUUCGUUCUGCCGCAGUUUUCAACUUCAUUGAAAUUGAAAAAAAAUUAAUAAAAACCGCCUAGUGAGAAUCCAGUCGUGACGUUCGCGGUGUCUUCGGCUUCGGAUUUUGAAAGGCGGUUCUCGAAUCCCGACGGGUCCCGCGUUUUUUGGACGUAAUAAGUCGUUUACAUUUUUUUGUUUUUUUAUUUUUGUCGGAAAUUCAUCGCAAUAUAUUCCAAACCGUGAUAUUUCGCCGAAAUAAUUGAGAACGGGCAAAAUCCACACCGCGGCGGCGGGGUACCGUCCAGAGGCGAACGGGACCGACGACGUCCGUUCAUCGGGUCUCAUGGCGCUCAACGUGUCAGCGGAAAACAGAACAAAAAACGUCGCGUCGACGACGAACAUUUACGAGUCAGAAUUUCGGGGUUUGUGUUUUCGCGUCGCCGCACUCGGGACGCCGCCGGUCGUUGUAAACAAGACGUGAAAAGCGAUUUUUAUUGUUUCGGUAGCGCAGCGAUAAUAAUAAUACACGUCGAGUGUACGGGCGCACGAACCGCCGGGGAGAGCCUCGAUAAUCAGUCGAGUCGUAGCGGCGGCGUCGGCGAUUUAUGCGUUUUGUCGACGCGCUGUCUGGUCCGAAGUACGGUAACCACGGUUACCGCGGCCGCGGCGGUCGUAUUCCUCCGGUAAUAUAGUGCGUUUGUUCAGUGGUAACCAAAAUACCGCGCGCGCGCUCCGCAGUAAUUACGAGAGCGUACGCGCGUUUAUUGAAAAACUAAAAGAGGGGGGGGGGGGUGGAAAAAGGAAAAAUCACUAUAUUUUUCUCAUUCUUCUCUUUUAUCGCCGAACGGCCGGCGGUACCGUCGUCGUCGGUAUACACGUGCGCGUUCACGGUUUUUCCUACAGUCGUCGUCGCGACCCUUGUUACGCACUUUGUUGCACGGUAAAUUGUUUUUUUUCCCCACACAUGCGCGAACGGAAUAUGAGUACAUACCUGUUUGUUUUUUUUUUUUUUUUUUUUUUUUUUUUAUCCUCUUUCGCGUUAUUCAUGAUAACGUUUAUUACGCGGUGAGGCCGAAUACCCCCGCACCCCGCAGCGUGUAAAUCCGAAUAAAAAAACAUCGGUAUGGAACAUAAUGAAGGUUCGGUGUCAAAAUAUUUCCGACAAAUUAUAUCCGAUCUAAAUAAUCACCCGGUUUAAUGUUCACAAUUUCAAUCUAAAACUCAAAUUUAUUUUUUAUUGAUUUGUAAUAGCCUAUGCUUGACGUUAUUAAAAACCUCUUAAAAAAGUGUUACGUCGAAAUGUCAGAUAUCUACGGUUAUUUUUACCGAGUUGCAGUAAAUUAUCCCGUUUUUCUGCUUUUUCCCAUUCACUACGAGGAAAACCAAAAAAUGAAUUCCUUGAUAUACAUCAACUAAAUUCAUAAUUCGAUAGAAAAACUUACGACGACCGGUACUUAUCGUUUUGUGGUUGUAACAAGACUUUUGGUAGACAUAAAAAUCGUGCACACAAUAAAACCGAUACAUUCCUCCUCGUCCCGUUCAGAAUAUAAAAUAUUUACAUUUUUUUAACGAACAUGUUAAAAAAAUGAAACCUAAAAAAAUAUAUUAAAAUUAAAAUCUAAAAGGAGAUUAUUAUUUCCAGAGAUAUUUCGACCGGUCACGGUUAUUACUUUUUUUUUUUUUUAUGUUUUUGUUUUUGUCCGUUUAUUAAACAGCGUCGUCGUUUUUCGCGAGUGUCCGCCGCUAAUACAACAUAUCUGUACGUUAUUCUUCCCCCUCCUCCCCUCCCACCGAUCACGAGAAAAUACACAUUUCACGUUUAUAUAUAAUAAUAUGAACGUAUUAGGUUUUUUUUUUUCUUAUCGAAAUUACUCUAUAUACCGUCUCACGUCAAGACCGUAUACAAAACGUUGUUGUUGGCCUCGGGGCGUUUGCUUUUUAUUAUUAUUUUUUUUUUACGUUCGGACGACCGAAGUCAAUCGAUCACCCGGAUUUGGGUAUCGAAUUAUUCGUUUCGAAUCGCGUUUUCGUCGCGAUAUUUUGUGCAUACGUAUACACAAUAACGAGGAGUCCCCUUAUGCAUAAUUCAAUAUUUAAAAAGCAAUCAACCCCGUCGAACCCGCGGCCGCCACGGCAUACCGAACCCGUCACGUCACCUUAAUCGUUUUUUUUUUUUUUUUCAAAUAAUACGCGUGUCCAUUGCAACCGUUUUGUUGUGUAACUUUUUUUUUUUUUCUAAACGAAAAUGUUUGUUUUAUUCGUUUUAUAGGUCGCUGCCGAAACUCAAUACCCAAGACGAAGACGGCUGUGGUCCAGGGGCAAGUCUUGGCACAGGCCUCACACACGGUCAUCCUCAACAUUGUUCGGGCAGCUCAACAUUCGAACCUAUACCGCACGAUCACGACUUUUGCGAAAGAGUUACAAUCAACGUGAGUGUCCUACAAUACGUACCUAUAAUGAUUUAAGAUAAAAAAAAAAAUAAUAAUAACAUAAAACAUUGUUCUGUUUACAUUUACGACGUGUCUAGAAAACAUAUUCGGAGAUCUAAAAUCGUUUAAAUAACACUGUGGUAAUAUAUAGAUAUUAUAAUUAUGUACGCGUAUACAGAAUGAUACAUUUAAGUAGCCUCACACUAUAUUCCGCGAAAAAUAUUGACUUUUUCAAACAAUUUAUUUUCUUGAUAAUUUCAGAAACAAGCGGCUCUCGAAUGUUAAUUUUUCGUCACUUUUAUUCUCGGGCAUUGAAACGACAAGACGAACCCAUUUUCGAUUUUCGAACGGCAACCUGUAUUUGACAUUUACAUAAACAAACGGAGUAUUUUACUUAAAAUUUGUUGAAACUUUCGAUUCCCGUUCACUUUUAUAUACGCCCAGGAGAGUGGCGGAGGGUCAUCAGGCCCCACGUAAGUUCAAACACGAAAACCCCACGAGGGGUACCGUAAUAAUAAAAAAUAUCCGUACGGUAAACCUUUUACGUUCUUCGAGCUUUAAGCGGUGGUUUUUUUUUUUUUUUUCAAUCUCGAAUCUGUAUCGCCGAGUUUAUACGACACGCGUAUAAUACUGGUAUAUUAUUAGGUACACGAAAUAAAAUAUGCGUUCGUCUGCUCGCGACACUUUCUAUCGGUAUUCUGAAAUAACGUUUCUUCAUAUCCAAGAGCGCGCGGGGUCUGUUCCCGCGGCGGCAGUCGUACGGGCCUCGCAGGUAGGCGAUCGAUAAUGAUAAUAAUAGCCGGCGGGGGGAAUGAAGCGUAGGGGAGGAGAGCACGAGGAGAGGUUAGGGGAGGGCGCGGUCAUCGCGGGGCUUAUUUAAUCCGGACGGUACGUAUUUACAUCGGAAUUAUACGCCCGCACGUACACCGGUAUACGUGUACAGGCUGGUGCCGAAGGGUCGCGGAUGACGGGACCCCGGCGUGGCCGCGUUGUCAACACGGCCAAAUUACAAGAGGCGAGAGAGGCAUUCCGGUGUACGGCCGCUCAUUUGUGCCGCGUUUUCGACGAGAGACGAGCCGACGUCGCGACGACUGGACGGGGAUCAGUUACCCCGUCAAAAUUUAAUUCGAAACUUUUGUGACGUUCCGGUAGACACACACGGCACGCUGCGCGUCGUCACGGGGUAUAUAGGCGCACGGGUAUUAAUCGACGGACACGGGGAAACGCCCGUGUUUGUCGCGUCUUCGCCGUCGGUACGUUUAGCAACCGCGUCGGCCCGUUUUAUAAAACGACAUUUUCAAAACGAUUUCGUGAUAUUUACUCGCGCGCGCGCCGUCUCCGACUUACUGAACCCGGCCGUCGCGAACGUAACAAAACCCCGGCGCUUGAAGAACGCAAAUAGCGUUCAGGUCGUGGAAUCGUAGUCGGAUCGCAAACGACAGCCUAUUUAGAGAGGAGAACGUGCCCGCGUAGCUCUUUUUCGAAAAAUAUUAUCGUACGAUAAGGUCGCAGAUAUUUGCCGCCACUGUAUAACUGACGGGAAAUAAAGCCAACAACUUAUAGUGAUCGGUUAGACCUAAAUUGAUUUCACCAAAUUAAAGGUGAAAACGUUUUACUCAUAUUUUCGUCGAGUGAUUUCCGAUUUAUUCAUUACUAUAGCUGUUCCGUUUAAUUUUCAUACUAGAAAUAGCUAAAAUCCUUUUACCGCCUAUUUCAUCCUAUUUCAUCCGUUAAGUUUAUUUUUCGCGUUCAAAAAGUAGCCUAUGUUCUUCUCCGAAAUCUCAUCUGUCUCUAUACCGAAGUUCAUCAGAAUUAGUCCAGCGGUUUAGGCGUGAAAACGUAACGGACCGACUUACUUUUACAUUUAUAAUAUUAUUGAGGAAGUUAAGAUUAGGAUACGAUUUUAAAUCGAGAUAAAAAAUAAUACUGAUUUUUUUUUUAAGCUCGACGUAUUGGUUCGAAAAAAAUUCCCGUUUUGAAAGCACAGUAAAACUUUAUCCUUAAUCUGGUGAAUUAAUUUCCAUAUUAGGUCUGUUAGAUCAUGCAAUCUAUAUAGUACCGUUCGGAGUACGAAAACGAUUUUUUGCUACAUAAGUACGCGCCCGUUAUGGAUAGGCAGAGACGGCAAAGAGUUACGGUGACGCCCUUUUAAGUCUAUCCGACGAACAUAUUAUAAUAUAAUUAUUUUACACGAUCGAUGCGUAUAAUUUUUCGAGUUCACUUCAAACGACGAGUCUCUCGCGAAUCGCGGACCGUUUGUAAUGUUAAUGAAACAAAAAAAUAAUCUUCAAACACCGCUGAUAGUUCAACAACAAAUUUUAUUGCCAACUGUCAUUUUUGAAAAAAAAAACAUUUUUAACCCGUUAUCGUAACUAAACGCUGUGUUAAAUUACUACGUUCAUCCGUGCGGCGGAAAUUGAACGACAAAGCCGUAUAUUGUGCACAAUUAAUUUAUUAUUUAUAAUCACAAUUUUAAAAACCGUAACGAAUAUAAUCGAAUUAAAAUUUUUUCGAAAUGAUAGGGUACAGUAUGUCGAUUUACACCGUUUAAACGCGUUUAUUAACGUUACUCGAACCGUUCAAAUUUCAAUAUUUCAAAUUGAGUUAUCCCGCAGCUAUUAUGUGUGUUUUACGCAUUUUCGCGAAAUACGAGUAUAAUCGUCCGUUUUCAUACCGAAAUUCUGUUAGUUUUAUUUACUGUUUUCGCUAUACGAACCGAUAACUAGGUCAACGAGCAAAAGCUACAUACCCAAAACGCAGACCGCACACUAUACAGUGUUCGCGCUUUUGCGUAAUUUUGAUUUUUAAAAUAUUUCCACUAGCUUGACCUUACGGCACAGUUAAAGUCAGGACUUGUUUUAUACACGAAUACGUGUUUUGUAUUCCCUAUUUUUACUUUAGCCUGAAAUUUGUAUUUAUUUUUUUCCCCUAGCAACAUUUUAAUAAUUUUGAAAUUCGGUUGCAAACCUUUUUUUUUUUUUUGAAAUUUUCUAAGGCAUUUAUUUAUUUAUAUCCACGAUUUACGAGUAUUCUGGUUUUAUUUUCUUUCGUUAUUUUUUAUAUUCCAAAUAAUUGUUCGCUCAAGUUCUAUAGUCAAUACCUACGUAUUUAUCGAGAUGUCAGCUGUUCGUUGACUUCUUCGGAAUAAUCGAGCAGCAUGUAUAAUAUAUUAUAAUGCAUUUAUAAUACGAGAGCGUUUUGCCCAUCUCGGUGACAGUGGAGGCGGGCGAACCUAACGACGGGAAGCUACUGAAGAGGACUCGACUCGAGCGUGUCGUAGUACGCAUCCGCGCCUUUGUAUGGUGGCUUUCUAAAUUGUCAGCGAUCUCUUGUGUCGGGACACAUAAUAAUGAUAAAUUAAUACCUAUAUGGAGAGCCCUCGUAAAUUCAUUAGUCUAAAGUCGAUGCGAAAAGUUUCCAAGAACGAAAAUCUCCAUAAAACGUCGACUUAACGUUUUUUUUUUUUUUUUGCAAACUGUUUUACUUUACAAACGGUCGAUAUCGGCAAUCGUUUGAAAUAUUGUAACAAAACUACUGCCAUAUUAUUUUUCAAUGACCUCGUGUACGAUCGUGUUAUAAUCUCCAAUAUGUCAGGCAAGAUAUCGCAAGAUCUGGAUUUUUCUUAAAAUCAUUCGUGUUGCUUUUGAGAGAAGACGGCACUUAAAAAAAAAAGUAAUUAGAUCGAUAUUUUAUAGAAAUGAAAUAAGAUGGUACAUAGUACGCGUUUCAUAUUUUUUUGGAAAAUCGAGAAAAAAUCUAAGUUUUAAUUAUUUUAGAUGACGCGUUAGAUAUUAAUUUCUCAUACUGCUACUGGACAUACAUAGAAUUAUUAGAAUAGUGUUCAGAUUAGGUUUUUCCGUUUAAGAAAACGUAAAUGUUACUGCAUGUCAAAAGGGCUAAAAUUUCGAGAACCUAAUCUUCCUAAAAUAAAAUCCCUCGUUUCGAUUCGAGUACACCCGGCAAAAAUAUUUCGUGUUGCGAUUCGAAUAAAACACACUAUACAACAGGACGUUUGUUUAUGAGUUUCCACUCCCUUUUCUUUAAAACUGAAGUUUCCAUAGGCAGAUCGACGAACCCUCCCCUCAAGCUUUAGACUUUCCCCGGUUUAUUCCUCCUUCUUUCAUUGGGAAUAUUUCCUACAUUAAACGCAAUAUUCCGUAUACAUUUUGAUCUAAUCCAAUCGCUAUUGUAAUAUUUUAUUUUUUGGCGUCGCACGUAGUAAACAAAAUUUCUACCGAGCGUCCGAUAUGAACUUUAACACUGUGUAUGUUUGUCUGUACGGACACGGAAAACCCUCGAGGCAAAACACGCCGCUAUUAUUGCAUACAUGUUAUUUUAUUUUAACAAAUAUUUUGCAAUGGGUAGUUCGAAGAAAAAAAAAUCCCCGCACUAGGAAACUAAAUCCCCAGAUUCCCAGUAUACCGGUGAUUGACGGGCAUAAACAAAAUAAAAUAAUUAAUACAUAAUUAACAAAAUGAAUUCUACAUUAAAAAAUUUAAUAAUGUGGUACGUAACGUGAUAAUUAAUAAUAAUGAUUGUAUAUUUUUGUAUACAUAAUAGUACAAUGUGCGAUAAUGUUAUAUACUAGUGUUUUUCAACCUUUUCAUCGUCGCGAUCCCGUAAAUGAAUAUUCAAUUUUUUUGCGAUCCUCCACCCCCCCUGAAUAUAUCUAUUAUUCAUGACGACCCAAUAUUAUAUAUUUUUAGCGACCCUAAAUAAUUAGUUUGCGAUCCCUAAAGUGGUCGCUCCCCCCCGGGUUGUGAAACAAUGGUUACCUAAUCGAUACAGCGCUUUCUGAUAUGAUGUGCGAUUGAUUUUAGAAAGACUUCGAAAAUUAUUUUAGAUACUCGAACGUAGUUCUGUCGACCUUUUUUUUCUGUAGUUUUGAUCAACAUUAAUUUUUUCCCGGAGAUUUUUUUCCACAAUUCGGUGCUAUGACGUGUGAUAUGUGUCUUUGACGCGCGGGUUCGAUCGGAAUCGAUCUACAAUAACAAUAUCGUUAUCAUUAUUAUACGCGGACGUUUAGCCGAGCCGGGGGCCGAACAAUAAGAACGACGUCGCGUCCUAAUCAUAAUAAUCAUGAUAAUAAUAAUAAUAAUGAUAACAAUAUAAAUUGCGUCAGGACAUGUUUGGCUCGACGUGACUCGUCUUCGGUGUAAUCGUUAUAGCCGUCAAUCCAUUAAUUUCGCAACGGCGACGUCGCGUCACGUAUAAAUCAACCGCCGAUUAUUAUUAUUAUUAUCAUCGUUAUUGUAACCAGCCAUUAUAAUAAUAUUAUAAUAAUAAUAUAUUGUUGUCGUAUUCCGAUGUAUAUGUUGUCGGCGGCGGCGUAACAAAUGCGAUUUUGAUUAGAUAAAAAAAAAAAUAAAAAUAAAAACAAAUUGAUAAUAAAAAAAAAAAACACCCGUGGAAAACGUAUAUCAUAUCAUACGGAGACCGUCACACGCUUUCGACGUGAACUUAAAUAAUACAUAAUAAUAAUUCGUUUUUACGUGUACCAUAGGUUCGGGUCGUACUCGAUAACGACGGCGAUAACAACUGUACACAAUGGCGACGGUCGGUGGUUUUAUUUUUUACGCAAACGAAUAACUGUCGAUCGUUCGAAACCUAUUUAUUUUUUUUUUUCUAUUGAAUGUGCUGCAAAUAACUUCGAUAGUCAUAGUAAUCAUUGUAAUAUUUAACCGUCGAUUUUUUUCAUUUUAUUGUUUCGAUCUUUUUCUCGCGAAUAAAAUUUUCAUUUUAGAGCACGAUUUUCUACUCUAUGCGGGAUUUAUUUUCUGUGGGAAUGGGGGGGGGGAAUAAAAUUGUAUUCUUUCGUCCGUUGAAAUUUUCAAUUUUAGAUUCCGAGUGUAGCGAUAAAAUUAUUCGUUUUACUACAUGUGUUUUUUUGCUUUUCGUGUUCGCUUUUUCGUUCAGCUAAAAUGCUUCGAUUUUGUCACACUGUACCGCAAAAGACGCGGAAUUUCCAUCCGGUGAUACGCUUAACUUGAAAUAUUUUAUAAAACUCUCAAUUCAAAUCAACACAACUUAUAGACUUUUAUAUAUAACAUAAUUGGCUGCAGUAUACCGGACUCCGUUCAGAAUUGUUUUUUGACCGUAAGAACGUACCACCAGCAAUUUAGUAACUACACAAUGGCCUAUACUUAUGAAUGCACUACACCGUACUCUUUUGAACUUUUCGGAUUUAGAUUUUCGACCAUUCACGGUGUCAUUGUACAACUCUAAAUAUUAUUUUAUUUCAAUACGAAAAGGUCGAAAACGAACGUUGACCGUGUACGUCAGGGUGAGUAUUAGGUAAUGAAUGUCGGUCAAUCCGAAUAGUGUAAUAAUAUUGCCGUUGGCCAGGUCGUAAAUCAGAUCUCGGCUUCAGCGGCGGAAGAAUGCACGUUUUAUACGCGAUUUUAAUUAAUAAGCUCGUUGUUAUUAUACUGCAAUUGAAGUGAUUAUGCGUAUAAUAAUAUUAUAAUGUAUACGCGAACCCCACAAGAGAGGCAAUUCAUAUUCUAUAAUAUGAAUGGAUGCGACGCGACGCGAGCGUUAUAAACCAUUAGGGUUAGAGAAUCAUUAAUUUAGUCGCGUUCGUACAACAUCAGCCGUCUAAAAUUAUAAAUAAUACGCAUGCAGCAGCGCCACGAGUUCCUGUCUCGCCUCGGUAUGUACCACAGCACAGUGCCCUCGUUGAGAUUUCUAUAUAAGAAUACUAUAAUAGUAUAAUGAACACGAUGAUAGUUGUAAUAAUAAUAACGUUAUAAUGUUUGGCGAAGCAUCAACCAGUUCCGCGACACCGAGACCGUGAUGGGUGUUAAACGGCCUUAACUCCGUGACCGUCGUGUACCGUACUGUAAGAAACCUACAACUUUGACCGGUCAGCAAUUUACAAUAUUAUCGGCAGUGAAGUUUCUUUCCUUCUAUACAACAGUAUCGAUAAAUCUGCAAAAAAAUAACUCAUAUAACCAAAACUCUGCUGUAGAACUAUCAAAAGCUGUCAUUGCAAAUUUAAAAUGAUACACAAUCAGGAACUAUGAGGCUAUAGCAAAAUUAGCGUUCUUUAUAAUGUUUGAACUAUAUCUAACUUAUGUGGGAUUUCACACCCCACAUUUCCCAUAGCCUACUUUUCAGACAUCAUUAAAAAAUAAUAAAUAUUUCACGCGAAAACCCAAUAAUACUCUUGGUUAUGUUUUGUUCAUACUGAGUUUUUCAUACUAAGGAUAGUUUCAAAGGAGAUUGGAUACCGACCGUUUCAUAGGAGUCGAGUAUAGGCAAUUUCUUGUUACGUUUCAUGUAUUUAUCGAAAUACAUGUAUUAUGUAAGUACUAAGUAUUAUGCUAAGUACUAUCCUUUGUACUUGAAAAAGAAUAAAUUUACAUUCAAAUUUUGAUUACAAUACCUCAAAAUUUUUAGAAAAAUUAUUUGAUUGGUAAUUAGAAUUAAAACAUGUAGGUUCUCAGUUGGAAAACCAAAGUUCGUAUUGCCACAGGAUAUAAAGUUCAAAUAUUCGAAAAUAUCGUAUUUCACUACACGUCGUAUAAAUAAUAGAAAUAAAUGAAGUGAGACUGCUUAAAAAAUCACCCUGUAUAAAUAUAUAUACCUAUAGAUUUUUUUUUUUUUUUUGAAAAAUUGUAUAUUCUAAGUGAACGAGGAAAAACUUGAUUUUAUUAUGAUGUGUAUAUUUGUUUUUUGCGAGUAUAAGCAACUUAUUUUUGAUCAAGUUAGUGUACUGUGGAAGUAAUAUUUGUAAUUUUUUUUGUUUUUUAAUUUCCUUAAUAAAAGCGGGAAAUCUGGCAAUCAUUGAUAUAAUUGUUAAUUUCUCAACUACCUCGAAAAAAAUGGAAAAAUAAAAUUAAUAAUACUCUGCUCAGAAUCGUCAUCCAUUAGCAAUGAUUUAUCCUUUCAUAAAAUAAAUUAUUCAAUAUCCUCCCUUUUAAAUUUCUUUCUAAAUUAAUGUCACACCUAGCAGUGUGAGAUUUUUUUUUUUUUAUCACAAAUCGAAAAAUAUAAUACAUUAAUAAAUACCCUAAUCAAAAUUGGAACUUAAAUUUGUAUAGUGCCAUAAGAGCAAUUUACGAUGAAAAUUGUAUUAAAUUUUUGAGCAUUUUUAAAAAGUGAAUUUUUGAAAUAUGUUAUCCACAUAGUUAAAAUUAAACAAAUUCGAACAUUUCAAAUGACCCUCCCAAAAACCGAAAAUUGGUUUGAAUAAUUAUACCACGUCUAGGAAGGGAAAAUAAAUUUUUAAGAGUUUUUUUUUUAUGUCAGAUUAAGUUUACAAACAGGAAAAAGAAAAAAAAAUCGCAUCAAAUAUUUAAGUCACCAAAUCUAAAUUGUAUCACCAUUCACCAACAAUAUCAAUUUUAAGUAGGUAAAAAGAAAAAAAAUUUAAAUUCUAAAAUAAAUGAAACUUCUCUUAAGUGGUAACUUUCAGUUUGUAGCUCACUUUUAUAAAUACCUAAAUAUAACAUUAUUUAAAAAUCAUACUUUAAGCGUAAAUUGUCACAAAUGUAAAAAUAUUUUAUUUAGAAAAAAAACUUAAAUGUGUUAAUUUAUUAUUUAUGAUGUAUGAUUACUUUGAAAAAUAUACGUUACUCGUGCUGUUUUUCAUAAAAACCUGAGAGACGGCCCGAGUAGAUUAAAAUAAUAUACGGCAAUCUUAAAAACGUAUACAUAACUGAAGAAAUAUUGCAGCAUUUUUUUUUUUUUUAUAAAGAAAUAGGAUUAAACAAAAUUAACUCAUGUUAUAUUUUAAUAGUGGAAAUUAAAAAAAGUCGUUUUAAUCUUUUUUGAACAUAAGUAUUUAACAGUACUCAAUAAUAUUAUAUUUGAUGUAGCUAAGUAAUAGGUAAUAUAAUAAUAUAUUUUUGAAACGAACGCGUCUAGUGUUUGUUUAGAAUUUAUUAUGAAAUCUUGAGUAAUUUAAAAAUGUAGUUUAACGUGCAGAAUAAUUUUAAAUAUCUCAUCGAUUUCAACUGUGCCACUUUUGAGUAUACUAUUAUUGUCAAAUACGAAAUACGGUCACGGAUAUUUUUCGCGAGAAUGCGUAAUUAAUACUAUGUGAAAUAAUAUUAAUGUAAUAUCCACAGACGUCACAAUUGUACUAAUAUUAUACGAAUAGCAGAAAACCAUCUGGUAUGAGACUGUGAUGCAGCAGAUUUCGUUUAAAGUUAAUCCGGAGAGAAAUCGAGUUCCCGCGGAUUAUAAACUAUGCAAAUUUGGAAAAAGAAAUCGUAUACGAACAAUUAUUGGAUCAGUAAAAAAUCAAGAAACCGGCUCACGAUAAAAGAAAAAUAAUAAAAUCAACAGACUUGAUAUUAGAAUUAGACAAAAUUCUGAAUAGAGAUAGAAAUCAGAAUCCAUUUGAAUAAGGGUGAUGGUUACGGAAAUAAAGAACCAAGUAAAGACCAACACGUUAGACGCUUAAGAUAUGAUCCCGUUUAAUAAGGGAAAAUAUGGUGAGGAAAGACAUAUAAUCUCAAAAUUAAGGUUUAGACUGAAAAGCGAGAACAGAAUGACAAGGAGAAUGUGACAGGGAUGGUCUCAGUGGCCGACAAUCUCCAAAAAGAAUAAAAAGAAGAAUAAUAACAACAACAAUUAGAAGCUAAUCGUUAUACGAUUGAAAUCUCCUAUAUUUGUUUGCUAUCCAUCUCACGCACACAUCACUCAUCUUAAAUCGAAAAGCUUGACGUGAAAUAGAAAAUCUUUUGAAAAAAAAAACAUUUAUAAAACGUAUAAUGCGUUUAUGGGUUUUCACAUCACGUCUGUGUAUAUUUUAAUAUUUAAUAAUACAUACAUGGUGAAUUUCAUUAUUAUAUUCUCGGAGAAUUUAAAAUUAAAUUGAUUUCUGCUUUUUAUUUUUUAAAUUUUAACAAUAUUUUCAAAUUAUUACCAACACUACUUAUAUCAUAGACUAGUAGGUAUUAACGUUUUAUUUUCAAAUCAUACCCAUCUCCUUUUUAACAAAGAAUUCAAAAAAUAAAUAUUUAUUCUAAAUAUGUUGAUUAAUGAAUGUUAACGUUAACGAUGAUAUCAAAAUGUUAAGAAAAAUUAUCUCCAGUUUGAUUUGAAAAAAGGUAGGGGAAUGAGGUUUGCUUUUUAAAAUCAAAAUUUGAUAAUAUAUGUAAGAGUAAAAAAGAGUAAAAUGUUAAUGAUGUAUAUAUCCUAAAUAAAAUUCUUAAACGAUUCUGUAUAACAUAUUAUAACGAAUGAAAAAGACCGUAAUAAAUUUUACUCGAAAUCGCGAUAACACGGUCACUGGAUAGUGAUAAAAAAAAAAAAAUCACCUUGUAUACGUUUUAGCUAUGAAUUAAAAAUGUAAAAAUUGUUAUUUUUCGAUGUAAUUAAUUAAUUAAUAUGCGAGUCCUUCCUGCCCUUCCCCCACCACCAAAAAAGAACAAUCGUCAAAACGAUAUUAUUAAUAUUGUUUUUGUUCAACUAUAUGAUGUGACUUUGCCGUUCAUUUGUUUAAAAUAAUAACAUAAUUUAAAACACGACAGUUAGAGAAUGAUAAUAAUUAUUAUUAUGACUGUUGUUGUUUUCGUUGUACAGCUAUCGCGGUCUAUAUUAUUAUCCGCUGUCAACCGUCGUCGUCCGUUCAAAGUCACUCAAACGACGACCUGAAAUAGCGUACACGCAGUUUAUUUAAUAUAUGAUAAUAGUCGACUAUUUUUAAUAGCUUUUAAUUUAUAUCACUACUUUUUUAAAUUAAUUGUCAUUAAAACGUUAGAAUAAAAAUAAAACCGUACGUACACUACGAGUAGGCACCACUGUGUGUUGGAACAUCAAUAAGGUAAAUGGGCCACAGGUACAGUAGUUUAGUCUAAAUACUGAAAUUGACGAUAUAUCGUGGCAAAAUCUUAAAAAGAUAUUCUGAGCGAAGUUCAAUUAGUGAAAGGUUAUAGUCGUUAACUUAAAUCACAAUUAUUGCUACAACUCUAAAAAUUUAAUUUUGUAUGUACCUAUCCUAAAAUUAAUUACUAGUUACAAUGUGUCCGACUAGACAUUUUUCGGUAAAGUUAUUGUUUCAUAAAAAAUGAGUUGAUAGUGUUGAUGUGUGUGCCAUUGUUGGUGGAAACUUGAAAAGUUAAAAAUGUGGGGUACAUAAAAUUAUAUUUAGUUUAUGUCUGUACACAACGAUCAUUGCUGACGAAAUGCAAUUCUGAGCGAAGUUUCGUUUUGUUUUGUUUUGUAAUGACAUGACGUCAGAUGGGACAGCAGAAUAAAAUCGUAGCUCAUAGUACUAUAUUGUUAUUAACUUUUUUUUAGAUUCUGAGUGAAGCGAGGAAUAUAUUAGUUUCAUGUUGUGUUUUUUUAAUUUUUUAAUUUUUGUUGUGUCUUUAAAACUUUUCUGUCAGAAAUCUCGUUUCAAUUUAAAACUUUAUAAGAACUUUGUUUUAACAUUUUUGAUCUAGUUGGUGCACUGGUUUUCCUUGUUGUCUUCUUAAUAAAUGAAAAAAUUGGCAAAUUUUUGUAUAAUUUUUGUUGAUAUCUGGAUUACCUUGGAAACUAGAGAAACAAUACGACCAAUUAAACUCUACUUCUAUUCGUAUUUUUCGUUACCAAUGGUUUGUCGUUUCGUACAGAUAUAAAUAAAUUACCAUGUUAUAAUUUAAAGUAGGGGAGUAUAUAGUAAGGAAGGAUAUAUUAUAUCCUUCUUUCUAUCUUCCGUCCGAAAACAAUAGCACACCCAUCAGCAGUAUAUCAACCUUUUUUUCUUUUUUUUUUCUAUUAUUCCAUUAAUUUGAACGUUUUAUAAUUCACGCACGCGUUCGACACGAGAAAAAAUAUAAAUUGCAAAGCGGUUAGGCGUGUCUCAAUUAUUUCGCAUAUAACACUGAUAAAUUUUAAUUUUAUCGCGUUUGUUGUUUCUAUUACAUUUAAAGGACGGUCGGUUCGCGCAUGAGAGCCAAACUAUUAUCAUAUUAUUAUACGUUUUCGUUUUUCAUAUCACUGCGGCACGCACAUCACGGACGCACGCAGAGUGCCGGCAAAGUUUGAUUGGUUUACGUUACAACGGAAUCCCUGUGCGUAAUUCCCGGCGACGGGCGCGUUUUCAAAACCAAACCCUGCGCAAACGUCGUGUGCAUAGGUAAAUUUCUCCGUGCCCUAUCACUACCAACCACACCCCUCCCCCCACCUAUCAUCCUCCGCACGCAGGGGAAGUGUUGCGUUACGGCCAAUGUAAUAUAGGUACGGUUUUUCAAUUUAAUUACACGACCGUCCGCCGUACGACGUGUCCGUCGCGGCCUCUAAUAUAUUUCUGUUUCUUGUUUAUACUACACAACCCGCGGUUUAUAUACAUGACGAAAACAAUAAUAUACCAUUGUCUACCGUGUAAUGGCGUAACACUGAUAUCGACUGCCGCGCGUAAAAAAUGCGGGCAAGCGGGUCCGGAUUAACGCGCGCAGGCACGAGACAGGCACGUGCUUGGCAACGGCAAAAGCAACGGCGAUUUUGUUUCUACACAGUGAAUAUACACGUCAACAGCGUCCCGGAAUCGAGCAUAUUAUUCAAUUGUUUUAAAUACGACCGUUUUGAAUUGUGAAAUCGACAUCGGUUGUUAUGCGCGGCGAUUUUACAGUUAGUGUUCCCGGCGUUGGUUUUGAUAGCGGCGCGUUACUCGCGGAUAACAACCGAUUGGUCAUUCGAAUACACCGUAAGUGUUUAUAGGAUUCAGGGUUCUGAAAUUGCGCGGGACACGUAUAUUUUUUUCAAAUAUUUCACGAGGAUUCGUUUUAUUUCGCGGGAUAUUUCACGAGAGAGUAGCGCGAAAUGUUCCGUUUUCAUGAAAAAUAAAAAGUGUUAUUUAUUUUGAAAUUCAAAACGCUUGGUGGCCGUGGCAGAUAUCUACUUAAGGCGUUCCUCGGAGUUUUUUAAAAAAAUUGAUAACGACUUAUUAAAAACAGCUACUGCAGCUAUUAACAAUGGUCCUAACAAAUAUAGUUCUGCAGUGUGGUUUAAUUAUUGACAUUAUAGAUUCGAAUAAAGAGCGUGACGCUAUAGUCUUUAAAAUGAACCCAAUGUUACAAUAUUACAGCGGUAGCCAACAAACAAAUAUUCGAGAAAAAAAAUGUAUUUUUCAAUAUUUCAAACGGUAUGAAAUCACCUUACAUAACGCUACUUGCGCUUAAUGCGGCCCCGCGAGGGUACAAGGACAUUAGUUUAUUUUCGACAUUUCGGCGCGGAUAAUAUUAUAAUGUUCGCGAAACCGCUGCGAUCGCGUUAUCGGUCCUCCGAAUAUUUUUCUCGCCAUAUUUAACCGCGUAUUAAACGCCCACGAUGUAUCAUAAUUAUUGUUCGCGUAUUAAUCGGUCAUAUAUUUUCGUUUUCAGGUGAGUGGUAUGAGGUUCGAAACGCAACUGCGGACGUUGAACCAGUUCCCGGACACGUUGCUGGGAGACCCGUGCCGGCGGAUGCGAUACUUCGACCCGCUACGCAACGAAUACUUCUUCGACAGGAACCGGCCGACGUUCGACGCCAUAUUGUACUAUUACCAGAGCGGCGGCCGGCUGAGAAGGCCGACCACGGUGCCGUUGGACGUGUUCUCCGAGGAGAUCAAGUUCUACGAGCUCGGCGAACUGGCGACCAACAAAUUUAGGUGAGUCCGAAAGUAAAAAAAAAAAAAAAAAUAAUAAUAAUAAUAAUAACGCGGAAAUCAGUGCAAAAUCCUUGCCGUUAAAAAUCUGAAAAGUUUGACUGUGAAAUGGCGUCACGCGCGUGGUCAUCCGAAACCCGACCAGACGCCACAAAGGUACGCAUGGACGAUGAUAUGAUCCCCAAUAGACGAACAUUGCAAACGACGCGACCGCUUUAUACCUAGUUCAGUUAUCUGCAAGUUGGAAUACACAGGGUGUCUUUUUAAAACGGGACGAGCACCUGGUCGACUCACGUCUCGUAUGUGAGUCACGCGCACGUGCUGCCAUUCAAAACAAUAAUUACUCUCGAGGGUUUUCGAGAGCCUCGAAGAAGGUUAGAGAUGGGGGGGAAGGCAGUAGGGCCGGUCGACUGGCACGCUGUGACGUUCUCGCUCACGUUAUUCGGCAAACUCUGGCCUUUGACUGCAAAAGAGGUAUCCGCGGUAACCGGAAUGGGACAUUUUCGUCACGGUGCUGCUGUGUUAAAACGGGUCACGUAAGAUCAUUGUAAUUCGAAAACUUAACCGUAUAAGAUUACGGUUUUCUCUGCGUCUGACAUCGCCUGCCCAUCUCUUUCUCUAUGUGUCGCAACCUCCUCCGUUCCCCGUCCUACCUCCUCAAUGCGGUGUUUCGCAUUCGUAACAUUCCAAAACGUAUAUACGCAUGACAUUAAUUAUACCCGAAACAGUUAAGUAUACUAUUUAUACAUCACAUCUGACGAUGUUGUUUCAUGUGUACACGAUGGUCAGUAAAUCGUACAAUAUUUCAUAAACCGUCUGAGCGAAUGAAAUAUUUGUUUUUAAUCAGUAUAAUAUGUAUUAUUAUAACUCGUCGGCAGAUUGAUCGCGAGACAUGUUUUCUCUAUAGUUGUUGCGUCGAUCGCUAUAUAAUAUAUAAUAAUAAUAAAAAAAAAAUAAAUAAAUAAAUAGCGAUUCCGUAUGAUAAUCGAGUUCAAUCGCAUUGCGCCGGCAACGACGCGGGAUUAAUAUUGCGACGAUAAAGCGAGAGAAAGAGAGAGAGAGUGAGUGAGUGAGAGUGAGAGUGAAUGAAAAAAAAAAAAAUGAUAAUACUCUUGGUAGUGCGAUCGCGAGAUUCCGACCCGGAAUUACGAGUACUUCCGCGUUCCGGCGUAACGACUUCCGUCGUCGGCCGUUUCGCGUUCCGAAAGUCCCGAAUCCGGUGCCGGCAAUCGAUACGCACGACAACGCGCUAUGCGAGAACGCCGCGUCGAAAAUUAUUAUCGUUUUCGUGAGUACUCCGCCACUCCGCGCGCGUAACGGUCCUGUGUGGACGUACACAGUGGGCCGAGUUCGCGGGGCGACUCCGACCUCGCAUUAUCGUCGUCAUUGUUAUUAUUAUUAUUAUUACGCGCCGCGGUAUAAUAGAGUAUAUAUAUUUUAUAGUUUUGUUAGUAGCAGCAGCGGCAGCAGCAGCAGUAAUUGUAGUAGUAACAGUAGUCGUAGAAGUAGUAGUAGUAGUAGUAGUAGUAGCGGUAAUAGUAAUAGUAGUAGUAAUAGUAGUAGUAGUAGUAGUAGUAGUAGUAGUAGUAGUAGUAGUAGAAGUAGUAUUAGUUGUUGUACUAAAGGCGGCGGCUACGCGAGAAGGUAAGGGGAACAUCGCCUUUGGGCAAACGAGUUAAAACGGCAACAAUGUAAAUGGCUUACGCGGGUGCAGCGCGUACAGAGGAUGAGCCUAUCUAGCGGUCGGACGGGACGACGAUCAAUACGACCUGAAAUUCGCCGUCGUCGCCUCGUCCGAAAACGCGCGCGUCUAGAAUCGCGAGCAUUUUUUCCCCCGUCCCAAAUUUUCCCUUUAAUCGCUGAUCGCGACGUCCGUCCGCCCGACAUACUCAUUUUUGACGAAUUUCACGAGGCGGACUGAACGGUGGGGGGGGGUGUGGUUGGGUGGAAGGGAGUUCUUAAUUUUAGUUUUAGUUUUCUUCGAAAAAAUACCGAAUACCCAACUAAAUACACUCGGCAAACGUCCGUAAGUUCCAAAAUAAAAAAUGCCGACAGGGUUUGCACCACGUGCGAGCCACAAAAAUAUACUAAUGCCCGCUAUACUUACAUUCAAAAUCUAAAGUUUCGAAUAAUAACCAUGGAGACAUUUAUUUCUCAUUUCGGUUACUGUAUAAUAAUACGAUGUCGGCAAAAAGAUAUGAAAUUCGUUUUUUCUCCCGUUUUUAGACAUCCUUCAUUUUCGCGUUCGACACGAUUGAUGAUGCGACUUUUUCAAAACUAUUACCCCGCGUGCAGGCGUUAAACGAAACGUAUACAUAAAUAUAUUAUUAUUGUAAUAUAUACGGCGUAGUCGUCGUGAUUAUUCAAAAAUGUUCUCGUCGUCGUAUCAUUAUUAUUCCUUAUUGAAUGGAUCGGCCUCGAAAAUAUGUUUUAUUUAUACCGUUUAAUGGUCGAGUGAAAUCGCGUCGUUUAUUUUACAAUAUUGUUCGUUAUACUCAGCUACGUUCGACCACAAUAUUUUGACGGGAAAUUUUAAAUAAUCGAAUACCGAAAUAAUAACACGCUCAUAUAUACGAUGGAGAUUCGAAAGGCAACUCGUGUUCGUGUUUAUAGCAAUAAGGAAAAUUGUAACGAUAAAGUCGGUAGUAUUGCAUCGAAGGGUAAGAUUACCUUGAUAGAAUGAUAGACGCCACAACUCAGUAUAGCAUCAAGACAAACCGAGCAGUUUCAUUUAGAGAUACAAGCCACCACUAUUUUAAUAAUACAUUUUCAAAAUUUAAAACAAUCUCAGCAACAAACGGCGACACGGCGUUCGUGUUUUGAGAUCAGGAAAGAAUCAUUGCUAAACGCCGCUGCUCGGUCAGUGUUGUCGCUACUGAGUUGGGUCACCGAUCGUUCUGUUUGUGUGAUAUUUCCCUCCGAUGCAGAAUUAAAACUUUAUUACGCUACGAGUUUACACAUCUUGUAAAUUUACUCCCCCCCUCUCCAAAUAAAGUUUUAAAGAUGAAAUUUAAUAUGUGCACAUCGUUGAUAUCUAGGAUGUGCCUUUCGAGUGUUUUUACUUCCAACCCCGACUACUAUAAUUUUUACGCUCAAAUUUCAUCAUUUUUGCAAAUAAUAUUUUCGGUUUCGUGGUACGAAAUUCUACUCCAUACCUCUGCUGUUCACAGUUGUUUUUUUUUUCGUCUCGUAAUUAUUCGUUCAGUUUUCGAAUACCAUAACAAUAUUUCUUCGUAUAACGUUUUUUGCGUUCGCGGUCGCCCACCUCUACGUAUAAAUUUUCCUUCUUUUACCACGGGCCAAAUGGUAAAGUAUACUUAUGAUUUGAAAUAUUAUACGUGGGAAAAACGGAAGGUAAUUUGUGAGGACGCGCGUAAAAAAUAAUAUACAAAUAUAUAUAAAAAAAAAAAGGUACAUAUUCGAACAAUGUGAUGGAGAGAGCCGCGAGCUCUACGCGUUCGUUAUCGAUUUUACGGUGGACGUUCGGGGAGCAAAUGACUGCAUGGAGAUUUCGGAUGAAAACGGCGGAACCGCCCGCGUUGAUUUAUAUCGUUGUAGGUAAAUGACAAAAAAAAACUAAUAAUAAUAAAUAAAUAGAUAAAAUAUUAUAUUAAACGCAAUGGCCGGCGCACUGGAUAGGCAAAAUAGCUACGCCAAUCGUUUUGGAGGUCGCCGCCGUCGUCGUUCCCCGAGACUAUACUUUUACGGACGAGGAAACCGUAGAAUUUUUUUCCUCGGCAAAUAAAUUUUGUCUUUAUUAGACGAUAGGGAUCCAAACGUGAUAAAUCCGUGACGACUUUUCACGCGCGUCCGCAGAUUUUUUUUUUCCUCCGCGAAAUUAUUUUAUAACACAUCCCGUAAAGAUGUCGAUACAUAUAAUAGUAAUUUGUUUUGCUAUACGCUACUCGACGUACGACACGGCGAAUAUUUCCGAUAAAAUAAAACGGUCGUAGGUUUUUUGUUUCUUCGACCCAAACACGUAAACUUUGGCUGUCAACGUUUCGUUUUCCUCAGCGUAUCUUUUGCGGAUUUGUCGUAUUCAAAUUCACGAACGAAUUGAUUUUCAGCAAAAUGUACAAAUACAAAAGUCCGAAAUAUUACAUAUAUUUAUGUUGUGAAAUCGUAUUUUUCUGAAUAAAAAAAAAAUUUAAAAAUUGAUACUGUUUAUGAUAGAGUCACAAUUUUGAAUAAUAUUAUUUAAUAAUUUGUCGAGAAAAAAAAUUAACACUCCCAGAUAAUGAGUGUCUUUACAAGGAUUGUUCACCCUGUAUACUAUUGUAACGAUUCCAAACAAUUUAUACUUUAUUAGUAUAGAGCAGUAUAUGUUACAUUUUAAAAUUAUUGUUUUCUGACUUAUUUUUUUUCUACUUUUUGAAGUAAUAAACAAUCAUAAAAAAAGUUUCACGAAGUAACUAUAUAUAUAUAUAUAUACAUAGAUACAUAACUAUAAACACAAAUGGCACUUUAAUGAGGUCCUUUUUUUAUUAGUAUUGUUUUUUUUUUUUUUUUUUUUUUUAAUUCUCAGUUCGUUAACCCAAAAAUUGAGACAAAAACGUAAAAGAUAAUAAUAAUAAAACUAACGCACAGAAAAAAAAAUAAUAAACAGAGUUUUAAACUUUAUUUUCGAACAUAAUUCAAAAUCAUUUUAUAUGUGCGAAAAUUAUGACUUUCAAUUAAAAUAGCUGUGUGCGCCGAAGCGGUCUAAACGCAUUCUAAACGAGACGUAAUCUUGCACAGUUCACAAAAUUGCUCAUUAUUUCCUAUUUUCACUUUAUACUUUUAUUCUAUUAUUCGGUCUAUAUUUAAAUGUACUAAUGUGUUGUUUUUUUUUUUAUCUUUUCUUUAUUCAUUACGCAUCCCGUUUCAGGUGCAGUACAGUCGGUUAUUAAUUUGUAUUCGACACUUAGAGAAAUUUUAAAAUACCUAAUUAUCAGAACAGAAGUUUCUGCCCUCGAGGAAAAAAAAUUAUUGAACUAAUAUAAUAUUACAACACGUUAGUUUUCCCAAAUAUAUCGAACGAAUUUGAUAAAAUUUUUGCAAAAACUUUUGGUCGAAAUGAUUAAAAUUUUUCCUUUACGUGUUCCUUGCAUCUGUACUUGAUACCGAGCUAAAAACACCGCACUAUUUCGAAUAUGAUUGAUAUUCAUUAUUGUGUACCGUAAAAACAUAUACCUAUAUUUUUUCGUUUUUCUGUUUUCAGGGAAGAAGAGGGUUUUAUUAAAGAAGAAGAGAAACCACUGCCAAAACCUGAGUUUCAACGUAAGGUGUGGCUGCUGUUCGAGUAUCCAGAGAGCUCGCAAGCCGCCCGAGUGGUGGCCAUCAUAUCUGUGUUCGUCAUAUUGCUGUCCAUCGUGAUAUUCUGCCUGGAAACGUUGCCCGAGUUCAAACACUACAAAGUGUUUAACACAACAACGAACGGCACGAAAAUCGAAGAGGACGAGGUGCCGGACAUCACCGACCCGUUCUUCCUAAUCGAAACUAUAUGCAUCGUGUGGUUUACGUUUGAGCUGUCCGUCCGCUUUCUAGCCUGUCCCAACAAGUUGCACUUUUUCAAGGACGUGAUGAAUACGAUCGACAUAAUAGCCAUCAUACCGUAUUUCAUCACGCUCGCCACGGUCAUCGCCGAAGAGGAGGAUCCGACGAUGAACCUGCCCAAGGCGCCGCAGAACCCGCAGGACAAGAGCACCAACCAGGCCAUGUCGCUCGCCAUUCUCAGGGUGAUCCGGCUCGUGAGGGUUUUCAGGAUAUUCAAAUUGUCCCGACAUUCCAAGGGGUUGCAGAUUCUCGGACGCACGUUGAAAGCCUCAAUGCGAGAACUGGGAUUGCUCAUUUUUUUCUUGUUUAUCGGUAAGACUUUAAUCCGAGACGGCCGAACCGCCGCCGUCGGAGCGCAGCCGCAGUCGCUUGUCGCCCGCAGGUCUUCAGCGCUCGCGAUCCGGUAUGCCGCCGCCGCCGCCGUCGCCGUUGUCGUAAUCUGCCGUUCGGGUGCCGUUGCGGCGGAAAUAGGCAUCGACAAAAGGAACGAGGAUGAGAGGUUCCGUCAUAGACACGGACGAGGCGGGGGCGAGAACUUUACGUGAAAUCACACCGUCUCGGGAAUCGUUUAAGACUAGACAGACAGAGUGUGUGCGAGGUACGAGAGACAGAAAGAAAGAGAGAGAGAGAGAGAGAGAGAGAUAGGUGCAUAGAGAUCUUGGCUGGGGUCGUUGACGACCGCAGGAGACGGCGUGGCGGCUUUUGUGAAAGACGUUUUUGAAAUGUACUCGAAUGUCGAGUGUACAUUUCAAUACAUAAAUCCGAUCGCAGGAAACAAUACAUAUGCAAUAUCAAAUUACAAUUCUCGUCAUUUUCAUGGUUCUAAAUCACACGAUUUUAUGGGAAUUUAUCGCGUAAUUUUACUUUUUUGCGCGCGCGCGUGUAUACAGAAAACAACGGUGACGACGACGAUAACGGCGACGGGCAAAACGAAAAAAAAAAGUAUAAUAAUAAUUGCAACAUUCCGACGUGUCAUUUUAUCGAUUGACACCCGUCCGCGGUAGGUCGGCCACCCCUUUCCCCCACCAUCCCGAUCGCGCGCACGGAUACCAUUUUUUCUCUCUCUUUAUAAAUAUAUUUAUAUAUACUCUCGCCGCUCUUUCAUUACUUACAACUUUCGAAUUCAGUUUCCCCUGACCUUUCCGUGAGCGCGUGCGCGCCCCGCUAAUUUUACCGCCCCGCCACGCGCCGUCCCAAAUAUUCCCGGUCUCGAUUAGAUUCUCCCGAUCCUCUUGGCGGGUUCAAGAUUUUCGUGACGCUACCGUACGCACGCGAUUUUUCUCGAACGAUUACCUAUUAUCGUAGGACCGCUGUUGCGGUAGAGAUAAUAAUAAUAUUGUUAAGAGGUCGUCGGGGUAUGUUUCAAGGGAUCGCGUUUUAUUACGGAUACAUAAUAUAAUAGUCAGGUGAUCUUAAAGGAACGUUUGGAAAAUAAAUAUCAAAAUUGUUCGUUUCAAAAACGUCCAAACUCGCCUUCGAACCAAUCGAUAUGCAAGUUUCACAUCGUCGCAAGUAUAUAGUCGUCUGCAUUGUGGUAUCAUGCGAUUUGUUUGAAAAUUGUGUUCAUGUACACCAAACUGAAACGAAUACUUUUCAAAAUGACUUACAUCUAUUAAGAUAUAAAUAAGAAAAAGUACGACUUUAACCCUACAAUGCAUGAUGUUAACUACCGGCAGCAAUGUAAAAAAUGACUUUUAUCUAAAAAUGAUUUUUAAAAAAAAGUUUUAUUUUCCCUGUAAAUAAAAAUGCUCAAUGGACUAAAAAAGUUUAAAAAAAUAUUCAUGCAUUGUAGGAAUAAUAUACAUGGUUAUUCAAAAGGAUUCAUCCCAGAAAUAUAUUUUUUUGGGUACGCUCUCUGUGUUUGAAUGAGAAACACCAUUAAUACAAAUUUUUAGUUUUACAUUUUUUUUUAUUUCGCGGAACAAUUUAAACAUACUAGAUCCAAAUAAAAAUAAGGAUUUAAUACAUCAUAAUUUAUUGAACAUUUAUAUUUUGAGAAAAGUGGGUAGGCCUGCGCCCGGUCAGUUUUAAUUCUUCCCAGGUGAUUUAACUUCGAAAUAUAACUUAAAAAACUUAAAUAGCUGAAAAAUCGAAAUCUAGGUACACCGACUUAGAAAUAUAAAAGGCUUGAUUGUUUAUGUAUGAAUACUAUUCGUAUCAUUUGUGCUAUCUUUCUUGAUAUUCAUGUUUACGUUCACUUUUGAAUUUAAAUUUGUAUUCAAAUUUAAAUUAGAGUUAAAUAUAUUAUUUUAUUUUAGAAUAAAUACAAACUAUAAUAUAGAAAGUUAAACAACUACAAAUUAAACAUUUAAUAUCAAAAUUUGUCUACAAAGCGUUGAAGAAUAUACUAGUUUAUGAACUUCGUUUGUUCAAGCCAUAUACAUUUUGAAUACAUAAGAUCCCCGCAGGGCCGUCAUAAAGUGGUAUUACAUUCGAAGAUUCAAAUUUUAAUAGUUGCAGGUACUCAUAUUUGUUGGGGUUCUAAUUAAUAUCAACCGGGAAACAGCGAGUGUAUCCCACCUGAGCCUACCUCAAGUAAUCCAUAAUUUUAUAAUAACGUUAAUUAACUUGAUUGACAUUAUCAGUUACGAUAAUACGCAUAUUUCCGGAAAAAACAAAGCGAUUUUCAAAAUAUGAAUCGAUAGAAACAGUACGGGUUACGUAGUUAUUACGGAAUCGAUGCGUUGAAUUCUGAGAGCAUCCGCCGAUGGUAAAAGUUAUUUGAAGAAACCGGGUGUAGUUAUUGUGAAAAACAUAAAUGCCACCUCGGCCUGGAUGUGGGAAGGAUAAGAGAUAAUUUUCAACGUAAUCUGACUAUAUGUUGUGCGUACUUGACCAACAUUAUAGCUACUUAGAACAUCGAUAAAUUAUUGGUACCAUCAGUGCCGUGCCUAGCGAAAUCGGUAUUCGAUACCAGAAAAAUUUACCAAUGAACAAAAAAAUAACUAAAUCUAUCCAUUAGGCGUUCACUCAUACGUCUAUUGUAAAAAUAUCCAAUUACAAAAUUUUAAAAAUUGCCAUUGAUCGUGCAGUUAUAGCACCUCUCGCAACCCCCUAGGACCCUAGGAUUGGCCCUGGGUACCAGUGUAAUUAAAUCUCAAAUAUUAAUUUUUUUAACAUAUCAUAAUAUAUUACUAUGAACUUAAAAGUUAAAAAUAUUCAAGCAUUUCAAAUCGGAUGAAUCAUUUUGAAUAACCUCGCGUUAUGUAUUAUAAAUACCAAAAUACUUUAUUUUUAUUUUUUUUAAAUCUCAUUACCUAGUAUUUUUUUUGUCGAUUGCAUUUCAAAAAUCACACGCGAGAUUGCCUCGGAAAUAUUGAUCCUGUAUAUUUUUUCGUUUUGGGUAUACACAUUUCUCGUGUAAAAACAGUUUUUCAGUCUAUUUUGUGUUUUUACCAUAUUCAUAACCUUAAAAAAAAUAAUCUGUGAUCCAACGUCCUAUUCGAAAACUGCUGCGAUUUAAUUUGAUAUCCUUCCACCGUAGUCGCCUUUAUCGUCAAACGGCUCUUCGAUCAGCCACGGGUAUUUUGUUUUCUCCCCAUACCCUCCGCGAUAUCGGUUACUUGUUUUGGUUACGUAUUUUUGUCAACAGAAGAAAAAAAAAAGUUUAUGAAUCGCAUACUACGCACCCGCUCAAUUGAGAAGCCCCAAAAGCGUUAAAGCCUGCAAACCGUCGAUUUGCGUGUACAGUCACACUCGCGAUUUUUGAACUCUGUUCGAUUUAUUUCGCUUCGAUGUAAAUGUGUGAUAUAGGAAUACAAAAUAUUUCGUUUCACGCGAUCUGUUCAAUUUCUGACGGUGAUUUUUUUUUUUUUUAAACGAGAUGAUAAAACUAUCUCUAUGCCAAGCUAUACAGAUUUUCAUCAGUAGUGCAAUUUAGAUUUUUCAGUCCUUCGUUUGUGUCUUUUUGACAUACUUAAAGUAUAGAAAAAUCUGAGUGUGCGAAACUUGUGUUUUUGGCCACCAUCUUAAAUAAACUAAAACCAAUCAUUAGAAAUCGUGUGUGGUAUUAAAUUACAGAAAAACGCAUGCUAAAAAAGAUAAUGAUAUUAGUUUUAAAAAAUUCAAAAAUGGCGGUCGAAAAACCGAAAGCAUUUGUAGUAUUGAAAAUCAUUAUUUUAUUAAUCGAAAUGCGUUUUUUAAUAGAGGAGAUGCGCCGAAUACGAAUUAAUUACGUAGUCGCUCUCUAUGGGUGCAAAACUUUAUGUUUUUUUGAAUUCAAACCUUGUCUUUGUGGGAACCAAGUCGAAAAUGUACGAGUAUAUAUAUUUUUCCUCAUGCAUUUACUGUACUACAACCCAAAAUAUUUUACCCAAAUAUUUCGAAUUUGACGUUUUUUGGCUGUUAUGGAUUCGCAUUUCAUUCUCAAAAACUAUUUCCAAAGUUGCCCUUCGUCUUUACGCGUGUAUAAUAAACGAUUGUAUCUUUUUCUUUUCAAAUUUCCAAUUACAAAAUAAUAAUAAUAAUAAUUACUGUUAUUAUUAUUUGUUUUGUUUUGUUAUCAAUCAAAACAUUAUAACUGUUAUUUUGAGUUAGUGUAAACUGAAAACAGACAUAUUGGAACGUAUAAAUGAAUAACAGCGCACUCCAAACAGGCUAAAACUUGCAAGUGUUUUAUAAUUAUAAAUACCUAUACUUAGUUCGUAAGAUAACCGUGGCACUGCAUAACAAAUUAACCGAAUCGACAUUUAUAAAUAGGCGAUCGUUACGCGCGUGUUAACUACCGAAAUCGAUUGAAUCAUAGAAAAUAAAAAACCACGUUAAAAAAAAAAUAAUAAUAAUAAUAAUAACAAUAUAGGCGCCGUCUAAAAGUUUCGUCGGUGCACGUCAAGUGGUUUACCGAAUAGCGUAUACCAUACGGUACGUGUUCCAUUUAGACGACACAUUUAUAACUAUAUAUAUAAAAAAAAAAAAAGAAUCGCCACAAAUAUUUCGUCAUCGUCGUCGUUCGAUUUAUAGCGGUCGUUAUGCACGAGUGUUAUUAUGUGCGCGGGCGACAAUCGCCGAAAUAAAUAACCCCGGGUCGUCUUUUUCGCUGCACUACGCGGCGUAUACCGACCGAUACUUUUGGCAAAAGUCUACGGCCACACACUCACACGCACACGCACACCGACGUGUUUUUUUACGCUUCUAUGUGCGGCGGACGUGAACGUUGUCGAUAAAACGAAAUUUUUAAAAGAUUCCGCAUUAGAAUACACUUUUACAUUGUCGCCAUCGUCGAGACUCGCCGGCAGACGACCGUGCGGCGGCGCCGCUUUAGCCGUAAUAAUAACGUCGUCGGCCGUACACGCGACCUAUCGUGCGCGAAUAAAAAUUCAAAAAUCUGUUACAACGUUCGCGCAACAAGGGGCCCGAUCAAUGUCGUUAAAAAACCAUCGCGACUUCCUUCCCAUUUUGUACAGGCUCACUACGACUGUCCGGAAAACCUACGUAAAAGUUCGUACUCGAGAUCGGUUACCCGGAGUUUACUCAAUUUCUCUACAUUUCACCGCGGUUAAAAUAUUAUCAUUCAAACCUGUUUUCACGCGGAACCAAUUCGAACAUAUUUAUGGUGCUGUGCACUAUUUUCACCGAAAAUCGAUUCGUACAUUAUUGUUAUUAUUUGUAUUUUAUUUUUUUGAUACAGGAACCAAUUCUAUAAUAUUUUCUUUCCCAGCAUCGCCCAUCGCGUACAUUCCUAUUUAAAUAAUGUACAACUCGGUUUUUGGAUUUUGACUUUUCCAAUACUGUCCGCGCCGCCGUUUGAUUACUAUUAACUAAAGAACCUAUAUAAUAUUACGUUAAGAAAAUGGCCGAACGCGUAACGUGAUUUUAUUGCGGUUGAUCUGUUAUCGAUAUCCACGGACCGACAUUUUGUAUAAUAUGCUAACGCCGAUUGUUCUUUCAUUAUUCCAACGGUUUUCGCGAAAAUUCCAAAUUCCCAAAUUCGUUCAGCCGAUUUCAGAAUUUCUUUGGUGUGGUAACGCUUGCAGUGAAAUAACCAAUGGUCCAGGUUUUGAAAAACCUAUAAUCCAGCAACAAAUAAAAUAAUUUAAAAAUUGAUUUUCGAAAUCGAAAUGCCGAAUCUUUUUAAAAAUGAUAAAUCUGAAAUACUAAUAUAAAAUCCAAUCUCUAAAAUGUAUAGACAAUCGACAAAUUAAGUGAUACGACACGAAGUAAAAAUGAUACCGAUGAUAAUUUAUAAAUAUUAAAUAGUUAAUAAAAAAUAAGGCAAGUAAUAAUUAGUCGAUUAACAAUAAUCAAUGAAUUAUAAUAAUACUGUACAAAUAUUAUUAUCACAUGCUUAUUAAUAUCAUUUUUAUAGCCAACUAUUUAUGUUACGAAUCAGGAAUAUUUUAUAAAUUAAAAAAAUAAAGGAAUACCAGUUGAUAAAAAAAAAAAAAAAACAACUCUAAAUUAUUAUAAAAUAAUAUGUAUUGUAGAUUGUAAUUAUUAAACAUAAAUAUUUAUCUGAUGCGAUUAUAGAUAGAUCAAUGUAUUGCAGACAGUAUCGUCACGCAGACAGGAUCGUAUACCCCUAUCACGGUUAACGCCGUUGACCGUUAUUUUCAAAUGAUUUUGGAAAUUGAAGUCCAAAAUCUUCAAAAACUGGAUUUAAAAAAUCCAACUUUGUCUAUAAUAUAGGUAUUACAUUUUUUAGGUUCUAAACGGUAUUUGUUUGAAUUCGUUUUUUUGAGACUCGAAUUCAAAUAAAUAUCGCGGUACCGAAUUGCGGCAGUGUUGCGGGAAAACUCAAAAUUCAAAAAGGUGAAAACAAGUCAGCCGGCGAUGUUCGGUAUAUUAUUAUUAUUUAAGUGUUAACAGCGACAAAAAUCAGGGCGAUUAUUGUUUUUAAGUGAUCCGAUUUUAUAUUCAUUAUUAUAAUGUUAUUAUGUAGACCGUGAGUUAGAAAUGUAUACCUAAACUAGAUUUUUAUUACAGUCUAGACGUAGCUAAAAUUAUACACUCAUAACUGUUGUUAAUUUUCGUUGUACAACAUAAUAUUACAGGACGUAAUAUUUAUUUGCAGUAGUUCUUCAUUUUUCAUUUUUUUUUUUUUUAUUUUUUCAUUUUUUUUUCUGUUUUUCAUUUAUUCUCUAUAAAACAGUACGUCUUGUUGCCUGUUACAAUAUUGAUGAUGACACCGUUAAAUCGUUUUGGACGACGCUUAUUUAAAGACGGGAUAAUCUCUGUGCGGUAUUAGUGUCGCGAAUUUCCAAAUUCGCAAUUAGGGGACAUUUUUGAUCGCUCGGUAACCGCUUAUCACCGUCACAUCUGACAAACAUCACGGAAGGGCGGGGUGAAAGAACGCGGGGAUUGUAUCUAAUUAUACAACGUGCUCACGCCGCGAAAAGGAUUUCCCGUUUUAAAACGUCGGCGGAGGUGUUGCCCGAAACGCGUGCAAAUCUCUCGGAUCUCGAAACGGUCUCAAUUCUUCCCGUAUACAGACUACACGUCGUCGUCGAAACUCUAACCACCACGUGUUAAUAUUGGUAUAAAUAAACAACAAAAAAAAAAAAUCAAUCUCGGUAAAUUUUGCGAUUGAUCGUGUCAAAAAAAAUAAUACGAGACACUCCGAGAAUCUUUUUUUUUUUUUCCAGUCCUCGGGUGACCGGAUGUCGUCGUCAUCGUCGGGGACUCCCGAGAUACCGCGGUCGCGGUACCCUGGCCGCGGUGGGUCGUCGUUCAACCACGCGCCGCCGUCGCGCGAGUUCGCCGCUUAUUGAUUUUAACUUUUUCGGCGGGCAAAAAAAGAACCGCACGCACGUCGUCGCGGCAUGGGAAACGUUUUUUUUUCCAUUUCACAGUGUCCGUCUUAUCGUCUCCCUCCGCUCCCUGACCACAAAAAAAAACCCAUUUGACGCAACGGUAUACCGCGGGUCGAAAAAGCCUCCUGGUGCGGUAGGCGGGCCUGUGACCGUCCGGGACAGUCUGUAAUUUGCACCGAAGUUUAGAUUGUGCGAUUUUCACCGAAAUGACUACCCUUCGAUAAUCGAUUGUAUUGAAAGGAAAUCAUAGCGAAAACAUUUCAUAAUAUAACAAAACGAAUUGUUAAGCAUAGAAAACAAAAAGGAAAAACAUAAUUCGUUAGCGCCGAGCGAGCGAAUGAAUGUUCCGAAAAAAUGUUUUCAAGUGAUAACAUGAAAUGUCUCAUUGUCUGUUGGUCGGAAACUAUGAUUUUUAUCACAGAAAGAGUUUAAUUUUAACUAUUUUGAAUCUUAUUUUACGUUUCUGCAAUUCACUUAAUUGCUCAAUAUUUUGUUGUAUUCGUACACGUACAAUCGAAAAAAUAUCGAUGGAAAAAUUUUCUUACGAAGACAUAUAUUUUCUAUUUUCCGUGGUGGUGCAAAUUACUUAGCUAUCUUAAUUUGGUACAAAUCACAAAUAAAUAAUUUUGACAUUUUUGGUGCAAAUUUUACAUCAUUUCAGACCAGAUUUGACGUAAAUUGACUAAAGCCAUCCGCCAGAUUAUAAAAAUGGGAUUAUCCAUUUUUCGAACGCAUCCAAUUGCGUCCAAUUUCGAGUAUAUUUUCAUCUCAUUGUCCGGUCAUAAAUUAUAGUUCGAGUAUAAGAAAAAUAAACAAACAAAUUUUGUAUAGUUUUUAUCGAAAUGACAAAACUACACAUGCCAAAAUAGACAAAAUAAUUGUAAGUUAUUAGAAUUUGGCCAAAAUUGUUAGUUCCGUUUUUUCUCUCGUGCUUAUUGCUCUAUACAUUAUUAACUUGCUCGCGAAGAAGUGAACUCUUUCUAAAUGUAUACGAUCGAUUUUUGACCCAAUUCUCGCGGUCCUAUCGACUUGAAAAUUUUGAUUUUCCAUUUUUAUCCCAUUAAACCGCGUAUGACUUUGGAAAAAAUGUCAAAAUAUUGAAAAAUGUCUCUAAUGUCUUUUGUUUGAAUGACCCACACAAUAUAAAUAAUCCGUGGUCGGAAUUUCUAUUUUCUCCGUAAAAAAUAUAACUGAAAAUUAUAAAAUAAACGCUAAUAAAAUGAUCUAAAUGGUAAUUUAUUUUCAAUAGCUAUACCUAUAGUUAUGUCAUGAGCCAUAUUAUUGAGCACUUGGAUGUUUUUCGUUAAAUGUUAUACUAAUAUAUUUUAAAAAAUAUAUAUUAUAAUUACAAUAGAGUGUGUUGAGACCGACUUUAUUACAAUAAUACGGUUCGGACGGAAGUCAGAAAAAUACAACAGUGAAUGUGUGUAGUGGUAAUGAGUAAGAAUGCUUCGGUAGAGGAAUGAGUGGAGGAAUGGCGGAGCGGACAGGAUUAGGAAAGAGUAUGUAUAAAAUACGCCCGUGGAUAUCCAUCGGCUUCGAUUGUAGACAAUAUGAAAGAAAAUAGACCGAGACGGUUUGGACGCGGUACGAGUAGAGCGGAAGCGAUUAUGCACGGUAAUUGAAAUAAACGUAUAGGGGGGAGGACGGAAUGAGGAAGACCGGAAAAAAGGCGAUCGGUCGUGAUUGAGAACGACACGGGGGCAGCCGGUGUACGCGAGGGUGACAUUGUGGGAGAUCGGGUCAACCGGAAGUUUAUUACGACGCGGGCGGCCGACUCCGAAUAGUUGCGAAGAAGGCGAGGGGGCAGAAGACGAUAUUUUCAGAAAACGAAGGAAAUCCGAUCGCGUGAUUAUACGUGCGGUCCGUAAACGUGGUUCUUGAAAAUUGUUUUGUUUUCCGUCGUAUAAACACCGUCGCUGUUGUCCGUUCGGUGCGUCGGACCGGCCGGAUAGGCGGCGGCAGCGGCGGCGGCGGCGUUACGUGAACGGCCCGUGACGUCAUUGGUGUGUUUUCACGCCACCGAUACCGUUCACCUGUCCGCCGCGGCCACGCCGCCGCCGCUUCAGUAUUAUGCCGUUACGCGCGCGCACACACGCAUUGAGGUGUACGAGCUGAACAGGACGGCGGCGCGACCAGCCCCGUCGCCAUGGAUACCGUCUCCUGCGGCACGGGUGUCUCGCGUAUAGGUACGCGUGCCCGGUCAGCGUAUAUUACGGUAGCGAUCGCGAUCGUGACGUCAAGCCCGUCCGGGGUUUACGUGAAUAACGUCAUUGAAGAAAACCGGCCCAGUUAUGAAAUUAUGCGGCCGGCGGGGCGCGUGCGCGGUCUCCGUUCAGUCGACGACGGGACCCGUGACUCACGGAAAACGGCCCGAAGCGCGCAAAAAUACAACCGACGCCGCGCCUAUACCGGAACCGCAAUUCGUCAUACUUUAGCGAUAAAUUCGCGUACAUGUUUAACCGCCAAGACUGAACGUAGAAACCGAACAUUUUAUACCCAAAGAGCGUUUAUACGGCGUCAUAUCGUGACAAUGUCGUAUAAAAAAAAUACUAUGUACCUAGACGAUAUUAUUGUGAUAGGUCGCGGUUGAAAAUUUCGAAUAAUACUUUCCGGGAUAAAAAAAACGUAACGAGAAACAAACUAUAUAUACAGGAUGAUUUUUUUUUUAUCAUGAACCAGCAAUUAUCUCAGAGGAUUUUAAGUAAAUUUUAUUUCUGUUUUUUCUAAGCAAUUUAUUACCCUUCCCUACUCCUCUUGUCUAAACUUUAAACUGUUUAACUCAUAAACGGUAAAUCUGAUAUUAGUUCGAAGCAUUUCAAAAUUUCUAGAAAAAUAUUCUGUAUUUAAAAGAGGGGUGGGAGUUCCUAUUUUAAAAUCAAGAGUAUACAUUUAUUUAAGGUACACGGAUUAUUGGUAAACAUUUAAAAUGGUUUUAAAAUAAAGCUUAAACGAUUCCAUGAUGAUUAGAAAAAAUCAAAUUCAUUUAAAAUCCUCUGAGAUAAUUGCUUGUUCAUGAUAAAAAAAAAAUCACCCUGUUUAAGUACGACGCAAACUGAUGAAUUUUUGAAUGUUACUAUUGAAAUUCGGUCUCCGUGAAUUUAAUAUAAUAUCAUUCCGUUUCGUUCGUUCCCCGGUGUCGUCGUAUAAUAUUUGUGGAAUAUCGUAUUUUGGAAAUUCGAUAGACGUUUAGAUUUCCACGUACUGUAAAACGAUAGUCUGGUUACAAGACAUAAAUUAUGACGGGCGUAAUUCGAUUGACUCGAUUCCGGAUAAAAUCGCGGUGUAUCUAUAAGUUAUCACGAUCGCGCGAAAUUUUGCGAGGGAAUCUUUUUUUUUUUUUUUUCAUAGUCAAUUACUUAACCCCGAAUAGUGUUGCUUGGUUCCGCAAAGUUUUUAUUGACAUUUCGGCAAUGACCCCUAUUUUUUUUUCUUUACACGGCCGCCCGCUGUAUAAGUAAAUACGGGGUCUAUUUGAUUUUUAUUUGAUCGAUCGCGUCGUGUACUUUCUUAUAAUACCGAUACGUUUAUCGAAUUUGUCAUCGAAUGAAACUCGUAUGAUUUCGGUUGGCAAAACAGACAAAUACACGUCAUAACGCAGUUGGUGUUCUACAUAAUGUACAAGUUAAUACGAUUAUAAGUACGUUUUUAUUGGUUUAUUGAUUUUUAGACAUUUUCCCGACAUACAUUAUUUUCAUCGACGGCUCUAAACGAAAUGAGUUCAAACUCGAGAAUUCGAUUUGUUUUAUGGACGGAUUAAAGUGAUAAAGGUCAGGUUGGUUUUCAGCAUGUUAUUGUAGAAGUAUGGUAUUUGUUUAGCUUCAAACUCCCUCACAGGCCUCCCCUAAAUGAAGCUAGGGUAUUCAAUUUGUGUACAUACAAGUUGCGUUAGUAUCAAGGAUCGAUUUUCUGAUGAGAGUUGAAAUGUCACAAUUUUUUUGGAUGUAGUAUACUCGAAUUAAUUAAUUAUGUAUCGUAAUAUACUUAUUCGGUUACAAAGAAUAUAUUUGGACGCUUUAGUUAUUUUCAUUGAGACAUUAUUAAUAAAACUUUGUAAACUCGAGGCAAAUUCUUUAAUACCUAUUAGACUAUACGCAAUCAGACUCUGCUUUAAUUAACUUUUACUGAGCAGGCAUAUGCGUAGGAUAAUAUUUGAGAGGGAGGGCGAAUGCAGUUUAUUUUUCACCCUAUACGUAUUUUUAUCAACAAAUGCGCAUGUGAGAAAAACAUUUUGGAAGUCUAUUUUCUCCGUGAUGUUUAAUUAGUUUUCGGGAACGCCCUUCAAUUUUCAAUAAAUAUAGUGCCUUUUCCCACUUUACCCACUGUAUUUCUCACGUACAAAAUGACGUGUAAACGGGAGGGGGAGGAGAAUCGCCUCUACUGUACUCGAGCUCCGCCAUACUUACUGGCGACGUUUCCUUUUCCCCUCGGUUUUUGACGACGACGUUUUUAUUGUUGUCCGUUUAUAGUCGUAUAUGAACCGCGUAUUCCGGUGUUUUGCAACGAUAUUCCGCUACGUGCACGUAGCGGUUUGCCAGAUUUAGGCUUUUGAGUCCGCAACAUAAAAUAUAUAUAUAUAUUUAUAUAGAGUUUGUAAAUCGUGCGUUGUUUUUACGCCAUCGUGCCAGCGUUCGGUCGGUCGGGGAUGAAUGCGGAUUUAUCGUCUAACCGCGUGACGUCCGGUUUUCGCGCCACGCCGAAGACCGUAAUAUAUCGUGCGUAUGAUAAUAUAGUGCGCUCGGAUUUGGCUCGGAAACCGAUCGCGCACCGCAAUACUCACGACUUAUACCGCGGUAUCGGACGCGGUAGUAUAUUAUACAUGUGGGAAACACGGUCAAGGAAAUCGGAUAGGAAAUCUCGUGGCGCCGAAACACCGCGGAGUCGGUCGGCCGCCAUACCAUUACCGUACGCAUUUAAACCCCCCCCACCCCCACCCCCCGCGCGAAUGAAAUAUAAACGUCUCUCAACCGUUGGCGCCAAACUAUACAAAAAAUUCACUACGGCGACAAACGACAAUUUGUUUAUAGGACCCGCCUACCGCUUCGUCAACAACAGUCUUGGCGAGUAAAUGUACCGACAUGAUACGGUGUCCUUUGAAUGCAAUUUUACGGCCACGCUCGAAGCGUACCGUUUGGUACUAUACGGUAUUUUGUCUGUGUACGCGUGAUUAUUUACGUCAACUUUUUUCUCGUACUGUACAGCGCACAGUACACCGGUGCGCUCAUUUCAUUCGCCGUGUUGAAUGCGCCACCGAGUCUCGUUCCAUUACAGCCCGAAACGUCGCGUUUUGAGUACACAACAAUUCCGCGACAACGACGGCGGUGGUCGACGGUCCGACGCACCACGACCGUUUCAAAAAUGUUGCUAUUUUCGAUUCGGAUAUUCGAGUCUGAGGCGCCAACUCGAAUCUCAAAUGGGAGUGCGGCCGUUUAAGUGGGGCCAGCCAACUGUUUCGCCGGGUCACUUCAAUAGGAAUAAUAGGUUACGCGAUACGCACAAUACGAAUUAUAAACAUGCGCUUCUAUACGAGAGCGCGGCCGUAUUUACAGUGAUAUCAUUUAUUUUCAUUAGAAAAUUACGAUCCGAGCCGAUUUAAUGACACGGAAAAAAUAGGGCCGCCAAACGACAAGAACAUUGUAUGCUAGGUUAGUUUGAAAAUAAUAGUUCGUUGGCUAAACAACUGAUCUGGUACGCCUGACCACGAUUUCGAAAUGUUCUCGGCUCCGGCGCUGCGCACGAAGCUCGGAAAAUCCGAUGGUAAACGUGACCGCGGGCGCGCGCGACCUAACUGACACGAUUAUAUUUCGACGCGCGAAAAGCGGCGGCUAUACCAGAAUUUAACAUCGAAAAACGAACUUGCGUGUAAAGUCGUCGGACUCUUGCGGCACAAUAUUAUUCUUUUCGGUCUCGGGGAUUUUUUUUUUUUGGGGGGGGAGAUGGGGGAAGAUUGUUGGUUUUUUGCUUCUUUUUUUUUUUUUUCGUAAGGGGGUUGACAUUGUCUCUGAGCGUGUUGUUUUCCAGGAGUGGUGCUGUUCUCGAGCACCGUGUACUUCGCCGAGGCGGGUUCCGAUCAGUCGUUUUUCAAAUCCAUCCCGGACGCGUUCUGGUGGGCCGUGGUCACCAUGACGACAGUCGGAUACGGUGACAUGAGGUAACUAAAUGCGAGCUACCAGGAAUACCCGCCACCACCAUCACCACCACCACUACCACCACCACGACUACCACUACCAUCAUCAUACACCACUUUACCACUAUAUACUGACCUAACGACACAAUAACACACACAUAUACCCACACCCACAAAUACACACACAUACACAUGCUCGUACACACAAUAUUGUGAGAAGGUGAAAACUCACUGCAGCUGUGUUGUCUACAUGAGAGAAUGUUUAAGCGACGAGAUUAGUAAAUUAUUGUGACCACAAACGAAAAGAUUACCGUACCUGAUAAGAUGGUAAAAGUACCUCAAAAUAGUUUUCUCGCUAAACUCGAUAGGUAAUGCCUAAUUUUUGCGAUGAUUUAUUAUAAGUACGCCGCGCAAUGUUAUAAUCGUAGGGAUCGAAAACUACGAUAUUCACGUCUAAAAUUAUAUACCUAUAAAUAGUUGUAUGGGACAUAAUAAUAUCGUCGUCGCAUCGAUGCAGCCGUUCGGAACCGCGUAUCUUUUUAUUUUUAUUAUGAUUUUGUUUAUUUUUUAUAGUUUUUAAUAUUAUCAGUAUGAUUUUUUUUUGUUUUGUUUUUUUAUUGUUAUUCUUUUUUAUAUAUUUUUUUUUUUUUAUAAGUCACCAUCCGAAUGAAUUUCAGGUGUGGUGCUAUUCUCGAGCGCGGUGUACUUCGCCGAGGCCGGCUCAGAGAAUUCCUUCUUCAAGUCCAUCCCGGACGCAUUCUGGUGGGCUGUUGUUACCAUGACGACUGUGGGCUAUGGUGACAUGACGUAUGAUGUACUCAAUUUCAUUAAGACAAAAUUAGACAGUUAUUAAAAUUUUUUUUUUUUCCAUAUUUUUAAUUUUUUUUUUUUAUUAUUAUUCACUAAUAGAUAUUUGCAUAUAUAUAUUUAUAUUUAUAUAUAUAAAUAUAUAUAUAUAAAUGUAUUAUUUUAUUUUUUUUAUUAUUAUUUUCUUAACAUUUUAGUGCGAUUUAUAUUAACAAUAAAGAAAAAAAAAAUUAACAACAAAAAUAAUAAUUAACAAUAAUAAUAAUAAUAAUAAUAAUAAUAAAAUAAUCAAAAUCGCAUUAGACAUUAAUAAUUUAUUGUAUUUCGUAAACGUAUUAUUUUUUUUUUUUAUUAUUAUUAUUUCAUUUACUCAUACUCGUUCUUAUAAAAUAUUUAACACGUAUUAUUAUUUUUUUUUAACAUCGUUAUAGCUUGUCAUUAACAUAUUAUCGUGUAAGCUGUCACUAAUUUCGAACUGCCGUAGAUUAUUAGUAUAAUAAUAUGACUGUACAAUAAUAAUUAUAAUAUGUUAUGUACACAUUUGUAUAUAUUGUGUACGUAAUAAAUAUAUUAUGCAUAUAUGGUAAAUUGAGAAGUUUUUGAACAAGUUUAAAUAGUCCAAGUCUUGGAGUUUCUGUGAAAUUGAAUGCGAUAAAUCAAAUCCCAGAUAAAAAUCAAAUACUCGGGAAUUUUGUUUUAAUUAAGGUAAAUUAUGUGGAAGCUAUUGGGGGAACUGUAGACCAGGGUCACAAUGCGAAGGGCGCCACAAAGUUCAGUAUCAUUUUUUUUUCAAUCUUUUUCUAGUUUCUCAGUGAGCAACCAAUCUAUUAGUUUUACUGAGAUAUGUUUAUUCUCAGAAAAAAAUUGUUUUGUUUUGUAAAAAUGCCCCAAUUUGUUCAUGAUAUCUCUUAAUAGAUGAUGAUUUUUUUUAUCUAAUCGCACUUUGUAUCGUUUCGAUAUAAAAUACAUAUGGCUAUUCUGAUAUUGAUGACUACCGUCAAUACUAAAAAAUAUAAACAGAACAAAAAUUAAUAAAUUUGAAUAUUAAAAACCAAUAAUUGUUUUCGGUAAAAGAGUCUCACCAAAAAUGAAUUACCCCCCUCAAACUAUGACUAUUAUCUGACCCUUUAGUAAUAGUAAAUUAUUAUUCCAUAUGUACUUUGUCAUAGUAUAUUGUGUUCCUUUAAUGGGUACAUAUUAUUUUCUUUUUUUCUACAUUGUGUUUUGACUUCAUAACCAUUUAUUUUCUGUUUGUUAUUUGAACACUUGCAUUCCAUUCGAUUGGAUUUCCCGAGUGCGUCGACUCUAUCUAUCAAUCUUCAGAUUCAAAGGCCUGCGUUAUUGCGCACUAAGCUUUAUUCGAUAUUUUCUAUUGUUUUCCAAUUCGUUCGGAUUAUUGAUUUUAAAUUACAUCUAGAGAUCUUGGUUUAGUCCAUCGAUCCACAUUUUUUGUUUCGGUUUGUCCAGUGGUCUUUUACGUUCCGGUGUCCACGUCACGCAUGCGCGUAAAACCAAUAGUGCAUUUAUUAAAAUACAAAUAUUUGGUCGCGGGCUACCUAUUAAGUAAAUAUUAUUUAUCUUGAAAUAACGCACAAUUACUUUUGUUGUACGAUUUGAUGUUACUGAAAAUUUAACCCGAAUACUAGAUGAACAUAAUAUAGAAUCUGAUGCGUUUUACAUUCAUACGUUCAUUUUUAUUUCGACGUACCGUUUUCAUUUUUAGCUACGGGAGCUAAUUUAUCGCUUUCAGAAAACGAUAUAUUUAUGUGAAACUCAAUUUACCUACGCCCAUAUUAUACGUACACGACAUAUUAUACAUAUGUGAAUAUAAUAUUUAUUUAUAACAAGCAAACACACGUCAUAUCCAUAUUAGCCUUUAAAAAUCAUCACAUUUUUUUCGUUAAUCUAUUAUUAUUGUUAUUUACUUAGGCAUAAUAUCUUGCGUGUAUGUAUGUAUUAUUAUCAUAAUAUAUAUUUAUAUAAUUAUAUAGCAAAGGGGUUCUAAAAAGUUAAGAGAUUUCCUACAACGUUUUGUCGAUCCGUAUGAAUAAGCUAAAAGCAAAAUGUACAUUUUUCAAUUGUAAUAUGCAAUUUAUACGAUGAGGAACAUAAAACUGUGAUCAAACGUUAUCAUUUUAGUAAUAUUUUUAUUAAAAAUUUUUUGAAGCUGAAAUUUAGAACCUGUGAGUUUUAACUCUAUGGGACCGGACAUGUGAAUUUUUACUCUAAGGAUCAUAGUUGAUAUAGUUCUAUGUGAAUUUUUUUAUUAUUUAAAUAAUAAUCAUGUCAAAAAUGACGUGGGUCUUCUGCAGUAUCGAAAUUCAAACGAUCCAAUGGAUCGUAUAAUUUUUGACACCGCUACUUUAAACGCUUGUUAAAUGUAAGCAUGUUCUAAUACCAUUUGAAACAAAUUAGUUACAAAAUCAAAUUUUCCGUCGAAAUUCUAUGAAACAAAGUAUAGCAAACUCAGUUUCAUGUCUUUUUGGAAUAUCUUAUGCGUGUUGCUUUACUCGUGGAUAUCAAACGUUGGAAAUCUCCUCAAACUUUAUAGGCAUCCCGCGCAUAGAAAAUAUAAUAUUAUAUGAAAAAAAAAUGCACACACACACGUGCCACCGAUAGUAAACAAAUAUUAUUUUGAUAGAGAAUCGAUACAUAGUUUUUUUUUUCUCGAGACCAUUAUAUCGCGUUAUCAUUUUUGUUGUUUAUUUUUUUUUUUUUUUUUUUUUUUAGUUUGAUUUUUAUUAUUUUUAGAACAAGAAAAUUCUUUGUUCGUCUUGAAUUAUUAUGAUUAAUAUCAUAUAUAUAUAUAUAUAUAUGUAUAUAUAUAUAUAUACAAUAUAUAGUAUCGUCUUGUCACUGUAAGCUCCAUUAGGGUUCACCGCGAAAUUGCCCAUGAUAAUUAAUAAUCUGUUUUCGUUUAGCGAUAAAAUAGGCCGCACUAGUUCCGAUUGUUCUCCGAUCGCCAUUAGAAUAACAUGAUAACAAUAUUAUCAACCGUAAUAAUAACAAUAGUAAUAAGUAUUAUACGAGUAGAUCCGAUACAAAACGAAUAAUAUUAAUAUACGAUCUUAGAUCAACACGAUCGGAGAACUAUAUAAUAUCACGGCAUUAGAUACGUAAAGAUAACAAAAAUAACAUAACGUCUGUUUGUUUGUUUUUUGUUUUUUUACUGUUGACCUAGACAUAUAAUCACUAAUAUGAAUAGUCAAAUAGAGAAAAGUUUAGAAAAUUUGAUUAAACUUUUGAUUUUUUUUUUUUUGGUUUUUAUUCAAUCCAUUACAAAAAAAUAAUAUACUAAUAUAAUUUAGAUAGACAAUGCUGAUUAUGCAUAUUAUAACAAAAUUACAUACACAUAUAGUCACCAUAUACACAUAUAUCCUUAACAAAACUACAUGUGCCUACGUAUAUAUUAUAACACUACUACAUCAUUACUUUAUACCUGUUUAUUUUUUUUUUUCUCGUAAACUACUUUCGUAUUGCUUUUUUCUUUUAAUGUACUUAAUAUUAUCGUAUUGCAUGCGCAAUUGUUUAACGACAAUUGUUUUCGUUUCACGCACCGAAGAUAUUAGAGAUCCUUUACCGUCACUACAUCGCCACACACACACACACACACACACACACACACACACGCACGCACACGCAUAACAUCGCAUUACCAACGUUUUUUUCGCAUGCCAUUUUUCGUAUUUCUAUUAGGUAGUCGAUAUAUUAUAGAAUCGACGAAUAAAAUCUUACGUGUGUAGUACAAGUGUUAUUGUUAUUUAAGCGUUAUAAUUGCAUGUUUUUUUUUCUCUAUAUAUAAUAUUAAUACUUACAGUGAAACCAUAAAUGUAUUUAAAAAUGGAAAAGAAAAAAAAAACAUAUGAACGUCUCUCCACGUCUUUGAAAGCUGUACUAUAUAAUAAUAUUAUCGUACAAUAAUAUCAUAUUACACCGGAAUUCGAAUAAUGAGUGACGUUUAUAUGGUUUUUUUUUUUUUUUGAAAACCCGCAUAUUGUUCUCGACACCUGUUGUACCUACGUACGUAUACGUACUGGUACACCAGUUCACUGAACUCGGACAUCGGCCGUGUGUAUACGUUUUUAGCUUUCCUAUUUUUGUGAAUGCUUCACACAAUCACACUAUCAACGAUGUGAUAUCUGAGAAGACAACAUAUCACAAACGAAUCUAAAACGGUUUACGGCGUGUGCGUUUUGUUCGAGAACCGUUUUACUUUUUUAUUUUUUGAGUUAACACGCGUGUGCAAAAAAAAAAAAUUAUCAAACAAAGAAUUUUCUUGAAUAGUAUACAUAUUGCGUAUUCGUGUGUAUGUUUGUAUGCUUGUGACUGUGCGUGUGUACAGACAAUAUGUUUGUUUCAUUUAAAGAAAAAAAAAAGCAUGAUGUGAAUAACGUUUUAUAGAUUUGAAAUAUAUUAUUAUUUUAUUUAAUAUAUAGUUAUUAUCAUUACGCUCAUUAUAAAUAUUUUUUUUUUUUCAUUGAGUCCUUUUAUUUAUUUAUUAGACAUAAAAAUAUUAUUAUGCAUUAGAAAAAACUUAAAAAAAAAAAAAAAAAAAACGAUGGUAAAAACGCCAGAACGCGUCGACAUGUGACAUAUUCAAAUGUGUUUCAGACCAGUGGGCGUGUGGGGGAAAAUUGUCGGUUCACUUUGUGCGAUUGCCGGUGUGCUCACAAUCGCACUGCCCGUGCCCGUCAUCGUGUCCAACUUUAACUAUUUCUAUCACAGAGAGACUGACCAAGAAGACAUGCAAUCGCAAAACUUCAACCACGUCACCAGCUGCCCUUAUCUUCCCGGUACUUUAGGUGGGUAUCCGCAUCAACAGCCGCGCCACGGGAACUGUCAUCCGACACGUUUCCCGUGACGGCCCCUAGCUUAUCAUAAAUGCCAUUAUCGCAUUAUAUAAUAAAUUGCAUACGCGUAAACCGGGUAUCCAGUAGACAAAGUCGCGCGGUCGUCGAACCCACUAUCCAAAUAACUUCUUUGACGGGUUUUGUUUUUCAAGUGCCUUGCGUUAUUAUUUGAUUAUAAUAUACAGAUAGGUAUAUAGGUACAAAGUGACGAAACUUUUGGCGUGCGGCAUUAUCGUAGCGGACUUUAAAUUAUUUGAGUUUGAGGGUAGGACAAGCCAUCGGUGACUUUUGAAAGGAAAUAGUACUCUAAGACGUGCUUAUGGUCCCGGUGUGGAAAACGAAAAAUACUGAACUGUAGAACAAACGAGGAACUUGUACAGAAAGCCAAACGCCGGGAAAAGCCAACCAUCAGGUGUAAGAGCGAGUUAUAGUAAAAUAGAGAUAAUGCGGUGAACAAACUACCGGUGGCGGGGAAAAUUCGAGAGUGAAAUAUCCGCGGAAUACCGUCCCGGGCAAUGAUGGAUAGGUGGACACGCUGAAGAGCGUAUAACCUCGGAAAAUGAGGAACGAGGAACGAUACGAUAGGAAAGACGCGAGAAAAGGGAAAGACGACUCGAAAUAACGGAAACGACUAGAGAAACGGGUAGUAAAAAAACGUAUUUUUUUUUUGUUUUUUUUGUUUUUUUUUUAAUUCGAAACGUCAAAUGGAGUUUUUGGGCGUGACGUUCGUUCGGUGGCCAAUGUCGAACCGACCGCGCGGCAACAUAAUAACAUUACAAUCGGUUAACGUGUACACGCCGCAGGUCAACACAUGGUGAAAUAUCCGACGGGCGGCGAUUCGACGUCGGACCUGAUGGAGUUGGAGUCGGCCGAAAAUUGUCUGCUGGACACCGAGCUGGACGAACCGCCGCCGGCGUUGCCGCCGCCGCAGCAGCCCAGGAAGUUCAACAGCUGCGCCACCGUAGUCAGGCUCAACAACAACAGCAUCAAGAGGUUCAGUAUCGAAACCGACGUCUGACUAGCAGGUGCGGCGUGCGUUACGCAUAGUAACAAUAAUAAUAUUGUGUAUCUGUGUCCGCCACCGCGGUUACAGGUUAACCUAACCCGACCUAACCCGAGUCUGACACGGGUCGACCGCGUCUUUGACACGCCGCGGUGGCGGUGCCGUAUCCCCGCGCGUGUGGAUAAAUAAUAACAAUAAUAAUACAGGCGACGGCGUUGCGCGGAGAAUUUUUAUCGCGCGGAAAACGUCACCGGCGUUCCGUUCCGCUUUCAGAUGAAUCCGCGCGCGGUUCCGCGAUAAUUUUUCCGAUAAUUUUUUUUCUCGACCGCCAGUGAUAUCGCCAAUGACACCGUGGUACUGUGGGCGUAUUACCGUAUGGAAUUUCGAAACUUUUGUUUUUACACGGACACCGAGCACAAUAAAGGCCGGCGUUUAACUGCCGCGAGUGUGCGGAGAGUGAGGGGGGGUUUAUAGUGUCGAAACGUUCGUACGGUGUUGCUCUUUUUUCGGAUAAUAAUUCGGCAAGACGGCAACGUUGCGUUACACUGUGUCUGUAUUAUUAUUUGUCUAAAUACACUGUUGGUUUUCUUUUUUCAUAUGGUUUCGGGAACAGCCUGGCAUGUCGCAAUAACCGUACUAAUAACCACCUUAAUUGCCUCUAAUCAAUUUGUUAUUGUACUCAAUUACAAUGAUUUAAUCCAAAGAUGUGUUGUUUAUUUUAGUAUACAAAUUGCAAUCCGGCGGCCGUCCAGGUCUCCAAACGCCUAUAAGGUGCUGUGCUGUGAUAGCUAAGAUGUUUCCUUCGUUAAGUUACCUCCGACAAGUUUAAUUAUAAUAUUUUUUUAAGCGAAUAAUAACGAUAUUAAAAAUUUUACCCGAAAAUCUCUCUUUUGAGGGGAUAAUUUUCUAAUUGAAUCAAUAUACCUAAUAAUAAUAUAUAAAUAUACUGCAAUUAAUAUGAUCCACAGCCGUUUAAAAAAAAAAAAAAUAAAUAAAUAAUAAUAAUAAUUAAAUAAAUAUAAAUAACUGGAUCGUCUCAAUAAAAUGUUUUAUUAUCAAUAACUGUUCGG